UUGCCUGUAGAUCGGCAACAGUACAACCAACAACAGCAAAUGCCAUCUGCAGAUCAGCAGCACUACAACCAACAACAGCAAAUGCCAUCUGCAGAUCGGCAGCACUACAACCAACAACAGCAAAUGCCAUCUGCAGAUCGGCAACACUACAACCAACACCAGCAAAUGCCAUCUGCAGAUCGGCAGCACUACAACCAACAACAGCAAAUGCCUACUGCAGAUCAGCAACACUACAAUCUACACCAGCAAAUGCCAUCUGCAGAUCGGCAGCACUACAACCAACACCAGCAAAUGCCUACUGCAGAUUGUCAACACUACAAUCAACACCAGCAAAUGCCAUCUCCAGAUCGGCAACACUACAAUCAACACCAGCAAAUGCCAUCUGCAGAUCGGCAACACUACAAUGAACACCAGCAAAAGCCAUCUGCAGAUCGGCAACAUUACAAUGAACACCAGCAAAAGCCAUCUGCAGAUCGGCAACACUACAAUCAACACCAGCAAAAGCCAUCUGCAGAUCGGCACCACUACAAUCAACGUCAGCAAAAGCCAUCUGCAGAUCGGCAACACUACGAUCAACACCAGCAAAUGCCCUCUGCAGAUCGGCAGCACUACAACCAACACCAGAAAAUGUCAUCUGCAGAUUGGCAACACCACAACCAACACCAGAAAAUGUCGCCUACAGAUCGGCAACACUACAACCAAUACCAGCAAAUGCCCUCUGCAGAUCGGCAGCACUACAACCAAAACCAGCAAAUGCCAUCCGCCGAUCAGCAGCAGUACAAUCAGCACAAGCAAAUGCCGCCUACAGGUCAUCAACACUACAACCAACACCAGCACCUGCAACAGAACCAACAAAAGCAGCCACCUCCCGGAGGGCAAGUCUUCGAUCAGCAGCAGCAACCUUCAUCUUCGAGGAAACAGCAGCAUCAGCAAGUAGACCGCCAGCAGUGCCUAAACGCCGAGUCCAUUUCAGAUGAUAAAAAAGCAGAAGGGGUUCACCUUCAAGCAGCUAGAAAAGCACCUGGCAGUACUGACCAGAACAAAAGCUCUCAGGCUUCUCAGAACAGGAGGGGAAGAGAUGAUCCAACUACACAAACUCCUGAUCCAAGGACAAAAAUGCCAGAGGGAGGAAUCGAGGUAAGUUUGUCGGUCUCAACAAGACGAAUUCUUCACGACCUUGCCUUCCGACUGAGUAGUCAGUCGUCUUGAGAGUGAACAAUAUUCUAUGCACAACAGUUUCGAUCAUAUCUUCAUUUAGAUUUGGCAAUAGCGUGUGCAUCCGGGUUUUCAACUUGACUUGGUGGCAAUGAUGUGUCCGUCAUAGACAGCACACGAGGGGUUAGUUGUGUAACCCUACAGGCAAACGAAAAUUGCAUAAAAGCUUAUAAUCCGAGGGUGUUGAAGGAAUUUACGGCUUUUGUGGCUUUUUUCUGUUUUUAGAGGUGAGAGUCUACUCUUUCAACUAAUUUUCUUGGUCGAUUUCGUUUUUUUGGGCCUAAAUGACGGCCUAAUCAGGGCUAGUGGAUUGCACCCUAUUCAUUGAAAAGGACUGUUAAAUACUCCGAUUGUUGUGGUUUCAAUGCGAUAAUUUAGUUUGCUGAAUUGCCCCACAGCGGAACACUGGAAGCCGGACACACAAAUAAGCCUCAAGGUUCAUCGUGUCGUUGAGAUUUUGCAUUGAGUUGGUGAACAGCUACGCAUGGCUGUGGCAUAAGUUCUUAAUUUUCUUUGAGCUUGUUCUGCGGUCAGUUUCAACAUUGUAUUUGCUCUGAAAAGGCUUGCAGGCGAGUUUGAUUUAUUCAGUUUUUAUUUACUUCGGUUACAGGGUAAAGAAAGUAACACAGUAAACGAGGGAGACUCAAGACGGGCUAUUGAAAACAUAGGUACAACGCCAGUGGAGAAAGUAGAAUCUACUGCACUUGUGUUAUCGGCUGCUCCAGAAGAACCUGCCAGAAGUGAGACUGUCCUUGGUCAUCCUUUGAGUGAACAAAUGAAUGAAGACAACGGAAGUGAAGCAUCGGUAAGAGUUGCAUGCGAAAUCUGCAUAGAAAUAUAGAUCAAAAUGUUUCAUGUAGCGAUCCAGAAUACGCCAAAGAUGAGUUUGCAAAGGUUCGUUUGGUCUGGAAAAAGUUUAAAGCACUAAUUGUCAUCUAUAUUAGAUCUAAGUUCAAUGAUUAAAAAAGCGGGUUUUGCUGCGUAAUGAGUAGCCUGCGUGGCAGGCGCAAAAAGGGGAGGGGGAGGGAGAAAAGCACGAAAGAGGGGAAAGGGAAGGGAGCGCCAGCUAUAAGAGCCGGUGUUUUUGUAAUCCGCCCACCAUUUUCUGAACAAAUCCGAUAAUGUCACUGUCAAUACGUGACCAGUCACAAGUACAGGGCUUCUCAGCAUGGUCCGAACUUAAUUACAUUGUUUACCGGAAAUUGUCAAGUUGAGACGCUUUUUUCAAGUGAUAUCAUAAUCGAGUGAAAUGAAACAUUUUUACUGUUCUUACUCCCGCAGCAAACACAACAAACAUAGACUACGAGCAGUCUCUCAUGUUUUUACUGCUCGCAGUCUGCGACAAACAAUGAUCAGUUUCGUGUGAAUACACAAGACCUUUUAUCUUACAACCUCAUCAAGCACCGUGAUAGUCACAAAGAACAGAACAUUGGCCAGUCUGAGACGCGAAUAAUGAAAGCAAAGGAGAAUUAUAAACAAUUGUCAAAACGCUCAACGGAUAGUUUUUACCAAAGCUUCAGUUCUCUCUUUGCAAACCAUUUAAAACUCCAUUCAAGACGGUAUAUGUUUUUGCGGAAAAGGAGGUCUUCUGAAUAUCGGCAUUGCAGAUGUCUGGCAAGAAUCGCUAUCGCUUUGAGUCGCUGCUCGGUGUAUGGACAAAUCCAGUUUUCAAAAUCUCCUGAGCAUCUCUGUCUGCCAACAAACUGUUACAGUUGGUUUUAGUUCGGGUUUAACGUAAAGUUGCUACAUGAUUGGAGUAAUUUUGAUCUUCCAAAGCUUAUGCCAGUAGCACACAUUUUCGUGAUGCCUUCGUCAUGUUUGUCUCUCACACUAAUACACGCCAGGAUACACGCCAAUAAGUUACUCAUUACGGCUUAGCCAAUCAGGAAUUCGCAAACGCCAGCGUCUGAGGAAAUGAACAAAAGGGGGUUCUUAUAGCAGGCGUCCCGUCCCCUCUCUCCCCAAUCCCCCUCCCUUUUUCCCUCUCUCCCUAUCCCCUACCCCUUUCGACGCCUGCUACGCAGGCUACGUAAUGAGUACCCCGAGUGACGUUAAGGCACCGUCAUUGAAUUUAUUGCCAAGUCAGAUUCCUAACAAUGCCUGUAAUGCCGAUAAGAUAUGGGAGGCUCGGCACGAGGCGGUAAGAGCGGGGAGCCCCUGGUAGAGAGUAAAUUAUCGCUGCGGGGAGAUGGGCUGGGCGCGUACGGAAGUGUACGAAACACCGAAAAGAAUGAGUGCGCUAUUGGGAAGAGAGACCUUUUAAUGUAAAGUGCUACUGAUCUGUAUGUGUAAAUAGCGCUAUAGAAAUAACAGAUUAUUAUUAUUAUUAUUAUUAUUAUUAUGGGCGAGGAGAAGAAGUGUACGAAACACUGAAAAGACUGAGCACUCUAUAGGGAAGAGAGACCAUUAGAUGGCUCGUCUCAGUAUUUCUGUAGGCGUACCUUCCACCCUUGAACCCCUUAUACGAGCUUGGUAUCUAUUGUAAACCCAUUAUAACACAUGGAUUAAACGUAGACUGAACUUUGUUAUGAUAUGAUGUAUUUUUUUGCGGUUGGAAUGAAUAUUGCGUGUCUAUGACGUCACCGUGAUUUUAGCUCUUAAUGGAAUUGCGGCCCUUAUUCGCAUUUUCUUUGGCAACGCCCUACGCUACGCAAACUUUGGGUGCUUACCCUCUGCUGUGCGAAUAGGAAUUUUGAUCGUGUAAUUUCUGCCAGUUGCUGUCUUGACGCCUCGCUGUAAAACUUGAGGAAGGACUAGUUUGAAAGCUUCGACCUGAUGGUCGAAAGUCAGCUGACCGUUAUAAAUGAGCUGGCUCUGAAUGAAAUUCAGGAUAAAAGAUGAAAUUUUGUUAAAAAAGAAGUUUGAAGGGGCUGUGUCACGCUAAGACGUGUCCUUGUAGCAAUUGAAUUUCCAAAAUAACGGCCCAAUUUUGUUUUUGAACUUUAUAUUUAGGCAUUGAGCCUGUUCCUGUUGUCUGUUGCAAUGGAUGUUAAGGAUGAACCUGGAUUGAAAGUUGAAUAAGUUGGGCCAACUUUUUCUAGUUUUUUGAAAUGCUGUGCUUGCAAAAAUCACGAAAAAGAAUAUUUUGGUUAAUGCUUCUUGAUGAAAUUUGUUUGAUAUCUUCUUCAAAACGCUAAAGGAGCAGUUUGUUCAUUGGUAAAUGAACUAAGUAAUGAAUUCAGCACAGAAUUGAAUUGAAAAGACAGCAAUUUCCUCGUGACAUAGUAGACACUGUACAUGAGUUACAAUUUAAGGGUUACAAGGGGUGAAGGGAAUGAAAUUUAAUGAAAUCAAAUCAGUAUAAAUUGUAAGUAUCGUUUUGUUAGGGUGGAUUGAUUUGCAACACCUGUUGGACUAAAAACAAUGAAGAAUUCCAACAGGCAAAUGCGACAGCGAAACGAAAUUCAAAUAAGAUAGGAAUUAACAGGGAGUAAAUUUUUUUACAAACGAGCGGGUACAUUAACGUUUAUUGACGUUCAUUUCAUGUGUUUCCCUUCAGUAUGUUAUUCUACAAGCUUCAACUGACGGCCGUAAGUGGGCUGAACGCUGUAAACGACAAUGGGCAAUUAUAAGAUUCAUCAGCAAAAAUAACCCUUAGUUCGUGACGCCUAUUUAUUAUUUUCUGUUGCUAGAACACAAAUAAAGGUGGACACUGGUACCAAAAACCUGCUAACACCCCACAAGACGCUGAAGCAGGUCAAGGAAAGAAGAAAGCAUCGAAGAAACAAGGCAAAGAGAAAGGGGGUGGUUCUUCUCUGCCGUAAGUUUGUGAUUUUUAAAUGGUAGGAAAUGUCAUCACUUCUUGAUGGCACUACUGCUACUGCUACUGCUACUGGUCCUGCUAUUUACUAGAUUUAAUCACAAAAUCCUUAAUCAACCAAUCAGCCAAUCAGUCAGUCAGUCAAUCAAUCAAUUAAUCGACCUUUAUUUCUCCUAAGAUAAAAAGACAUAUCUUAAGUUACAUUUACAGUUGGAAGUCUAAAAAUACGUAAAACGUACAGUAUACAAAUAAUAGAAAGAUUAAAGUUUACAUCUCAAAAUAAGCCUAUUUACAAAUACAUUCUUAAUCUAUCAGUCUUUAUCUCCUGGCGAUGAGCAGCUUUGUUUCUAAGUUGAUGCUUUGUUUCUUUCUUCUUCUGAAUGAUGUUACUAAGCUGGCAAUCGGGAUCCACUGAACGUACCUUGAAAAGCUUCUCAUCUGCCUUUUCUAAAACUUCUCGAAUGUCCAUUCUCUUAGAUGUGUAUUUCCUUUUAAGGCAUCUAUCCAGGAAAUUUUGUAUCACCGUGAGAUCUGGGUCUACAGCGCCAUGGACAGACCAUAAGUGAAAUUCGGUAAAACUAAGGCGCUAAAUAGGCGGUCUACUUCACCUUGAUCGAAACCUUCCUUCCGUAAAGAUCUUAAUAUAAACAGACUUUUAUUUCCCUUAAUCAACUUAGUGAAGUCGUGUCUCGUUUUAUGGUGAACAUCAGCGACCUCUAUGGUCGGUUGAGAGCGGAAUACAAAGUUUGGACGGCGCCUACCAAUUCGGUAAUUCAGGCUGACAGUACGUAAUCUCUCACCUUCUUAACUAGUACGAUCAUUUGGUGUUUAGGAAUUUGUAUCCUUGUUUAGUACUCCACUACCAUUCUGACUUCAUGCAAGUUUAUUGUUAUUACUAGAAAUACGAUAUCGCAAAGAAUCUCGCGAAGCUAAAAAGGGUCAGCAGUGAGAAUAAACAGAAACAAUUACGAUGGAAGAAAAAAAGCGAAACAAACAACAACAAAAACUGGACAGACGUAGAGCGGAGGGCCGCCUAAUUUUUAAAUGCAAAACUCUACAGCCGCGCGGCAUAAACAUUGACUUCAAUUUUAUUUGAGCGAACUCUUCCAGCGCGCGCUUCAAAUGUUCCCACAUUUGAAUGAAAUGACGCGCGUUCAGUGUAACGGCAUCUUCCACUGAUGAAGGGACAGUAGUCCCGAAACGUCUGGAUUUUCAAACAUUUUAGCGCUACGGACACAAGACAAAUUUUAAUUGUAAUCAACUUAUCUGCGCUACACACUUCCUAACCAUGUUUUGAUCCUAACAAAAACUGGAAGUAGCCUCGCCGGUAUCUGAACCUGCACCCCUUUCUCCAGCGCGAAAAGUGACGGCUCAGACCCCUGGGCCAUGCGACGGCUGCACACUCUAUCUUAAAAUUAAUAGUAUUGAGGGUAUGUUUCUCUGCUAUUCACAAUGUUUGAACCUUGUGGAGCUGUAUUUAUCAUGAAUUCAAAGAUACAUUUGAGGAAAAAUAGCUUAAACGAGUAUUUCAAAACCAUUUCGCAUUAUUUCCGUGUUUAUUUACUCUCGGGCUUUUUACGGGCCGCUCGAUGAACGCACUGGUUUUCUUCUUCGCUGCUCUCGUUGAAGUUCAGGUCGCCGUUCCUUCGGUGUUAAAUCUUCUACGGCAAGGAUUUCCAGCCACUUGUCCAGUUGGGUACUGUUGUGUUUGCAGCCCGCUGUUAUUUGCCUCAGAAAUACUUUGCAAUUCGCCAACGUACAGUAAACAGAGGAUGAAUAAAAUGAGCCCUAGCCUUGUUGCCUGGAAACCAAAAAUGUACGGUAACGUCAUGCUGAAUGGGCUCGUAAGGAUUUGUUAAUGGCUUGUUGCUAGGCAACUGCAGAUACCAAACCGAUAGAAAAAAAGAUUCAUGACCAAAGCGAAAUUGCACUCAGCUUGCGAUCCGCGCGCGCUGCGCGUGACAGAAUUGUAAACUUGCUGCUCGAGUAUAUUAUUAUUAUCUUUAUUAUUAUUAUUAUUAUUAUUAUUAUUAUUAUUAUUAUUAGUAGUAGUAGUAGUAGUAGUAGUAGUAGUAGUAGUAGUAGUAGUAGUAGUAUUGUUAUUGUGUUUAUUAUCAUUAUUAUGUGAAAGAAAACAAAAAACAAACCAACCAAAAAAAAAGAAAACAAGAAAAUAAAGCAUUCUGCUACGAUUUUAACAAUGUUUCAUACUUUGUAUUGCUCUUAUAGCACAGCUCAGAAUCAACAUACUUUGAAGCAGGUAGACCCGGAAAAUGGAGUCACAGUCGUGUUUCACGUUUUGUUAGAGUCCAACUUUAAAAUGGAAGACGAAAGUUUGCAUAUACGCGCUGGUGCGAGAGACUUGGGAGAGUUCUAUAUAAACUGUGUUGAUUUGAUCUCUGUGGGGUGAGUCUGCUUUGUUUCAGCGUUGCUAAAGGGAUCUCGUAAAAAUCCUGUCUCGAUGGUUGAUAUUUAACUAAUAUUAAACUUGUCAUGUAACUUUUAAUAAUUUGUUACCCACUUAAUGCCUGGAAUUGAAAUUUGCCGCAACAUGUUGGUUUUUCGAGGAGAGGUGAAAACUUGAGCACCCGGAUACAAAACGCCAACAUGAGCAAGAACCAAAAGCAAGCCAUCCACACCACAUAAAGAGUCGCGUUUAGACAAAAACCCAAAUCACAUUUGUAGGAAGCCAGUGCUUUAACCACUGCGCUAGCUGUGCUCCUGAAUGUUACGGAAAACUUGCUUGAUGCUGCUUUGAGAAAGGACGAGAGAAAAAUGAUACCUGUGGUAUGACAGACCUGCUUCACGGUAAAAAAGGGACUCAAAACAUAAUCAGAAAGUAAAAUAGUCGUAAUUAAGCAAUGUCUGUUUCUAACGUAUGAAUGUCUGGCUCUACUCUCUUCAUGAACUGUUAAAGUAGAGGAUGGAAUUAGUUGGACACGCUGGAAGACCGGUGAACAGAAACUAAUUCGUUUUUAUAACAACUAACUGGGACUACAAUACACAUGAUAACAGACAAAAUUUGUCCGCACAAAGUGCUGUUACCAACUAAUCAUAACUUUAAUCACCCGACCUUUUUCGCUAAGAUGUACGGAAUCAAACAAACUUAGCGAGUGAAACUGCCUUAUUACUAGUGUAGAUAUACGUGCCCUUCUGGAGCUAUCAUCAGGGCUGCUGAUAGAUGAUAAUCAGUUUUGAAGAUUUGAAUAGUUGUUAAAGAAAAGGUCCCGAAAGUUAACGUUCUAUUUCACAGCUCCUUUACAGAGUCUUCCUAUUAAACAAUAUUUUAUUUCACCAGUUGAACAUUUUCUUUUCAACUUUCUCUCAUUUCAAAGGAAUUGUACAGACCAGAAAAAGCUAAUGCGUUUUAGUGGUCAGUUCACUCUUAGCGUCGAUUGUGCCCGACAAGGAACCAGUUACAAGUACGUGGUGCUCAAGAAAGGAAAUGUUCACUGGGAAGGUUUGCUAGAAUUUCCAUCAAGAUAUCCUGGAGGAAUAGUGAAUAGAUUCCUUUCAAUUCCCAAGAAGUAUUUGAAACCUGGCGGUAAGCUGUAGACGACUGAAAUUUUUUAGUAGCCUUAUAUUAUUUUCUAUGCCUGCAGUGCAGGCAUUUUCUUCGGACGCGCGAAUAGCCUGAUUAGCAACAGAGCGGGAACGUCAGUUGACGACGGCGAGCGUAAAUCAAACAACUCGCUUGACCAAUGGAGAGCGGCAAAUGGGGCACCGGAAGUCUAGUUUAGUCCUUUCCGCGCGCUUUCCAGUCGUCAAAUGACGUUCCCGUUCUUUUGCUAAAUCAUUUGCUCGCGAAAGCGCCAUUUUGAAACUAUUUUGACUCUCCGUAAUCUUCCUCCGUCAUAAAAUCAGAGAUGGCGUUUACAACAAUACAAACAUAAACAAGCAGCUUUCGCCAGAUGAGACAAUCCUCUGUCAGAUAUUUGAGAAAGAGUUUUGGAAACUUAGUCAGAGUUUUAGAUUUAGUGGACAUGUUUCGAAAGAACCACAUCGAUUAAUCCAUGAGAGAUUAUUGAAACAUCCAAAACAUUCCAAGGAGGAAAAGCUCCUGGUUUCGACGGGAUAAAUAUGAAUACCAUUAAACAAUGUACACGUAUCAACGUAUCUCUUUGUAAUGGCGUUGUCCCUGACAAUAUCAAAUUACCAAAGUAAUACCCGUAUUCAAAAAGGACUAUCCAAAAGUAUUUCGUACUUAAAGACCGAUUUCAAUAUUACCCUGUUUCUCGAAAUUUUUAGAAAACGGUUCUAGGAUUUUAUUGAUAAAUAAUAGAUUUAGCCAGGGCUAAAAGCGAAGCCUCCGUGUAUAUACUUAUAUGUAAGCAAUUCACUCAAAUAUGAUAAACUCUAAGCCAAUAAAAAUGAUCUUCCUUUUGAAAGGUUGGGGGGGGGGGGGGGUAGUGGGGCUAAGGAAUAAGUAUUAAGAAAAAACACCUGAAAUGAAAACCCUCCUAUCAAGCUAAAAGUCUGAAGUUUACAGCACGAUACUCUUUAGCAGCCAAUUUACAAGUUACGAUUUCAAAAUGGUGCUUAGCAUCGCGAUGGCGACGGCAGCGAAGAAAACAUCACUUUUAAAAUGAACUCGCCUUUCGUCAAACUUUGUCGCGUUUAUGCCAAUUCGCUAAAAAAAAAAGUCAAAAGGAAGCGAAUAUUCCAGGAGUUGAUGUCUUGGAAACCACACUCAAGUUUAGAAAGAGAAAGAAAAAUUUGUCGUGGUUUGUUGAUCCAGAGUGAAGCCAACAAAUAUUCUAUCGUCAGGCAGACUGCACUGACCGUCUGAUUGACUCGACAGAUUUUGAAUGAUCUAAAAUUGUUCGCUGGUUUGAAGCAAAAAAACUCUCUUUGAAUAUUAAAAAGUCCAAUUGUAUGUUAUUUAAGCCGCGACAACGGAAUUGUUCUUUGUCAAAAUCAUUACAAAUCGAUGGCGAAACAAUAGAUUGGGUACAGCAGACGUGCUUUCUAUGAGUUAUUUUUGGAAACCCGCGGUCUUGGUAAGCACACAUUUGUCAUGUUACCUCUAAAAUAGCCAUAACAAUUGGCAUAAUUUUAUAAGUCCAAAUCCUUUCUACCUAAGAAAUCUCUUCUCUCGCUUUACUAUUCACUAGUUUAUCCUUGCUUACAUUACUGUAACCUAGUCUGGGUUUCAACUUAUAAAACAAUUUAAAUCGGCUCAUUCCUUUGCAGUCUUUUGCAGAUACGUAUCCUGCCAAGGCCCAAACUUCUGAAACUCUCUAAGCAAACAUUUAACUAUAGAAAUAUUCUUGUUAGAAUCGCAUAAUUGAAUAAAAUCUCGCAUUCUGAUUGGUUAACGAAGCGAGGUAUUUAGCGUGGAAUUGCAAGUUGAAAGCGAGGCUAAGUGAUAAUGUUUUGCAUCUACGUAUGUAUGUAUGUAUGUAUGUAUGCAUGUAUGUAUAUAUGUAAAUCUUUAUUUAAACACGGGAAAUCAUCAGUUAAGCUUAAGGUGGCUCGACUGGAUUUUUUGGGGUUGAUACCUCCCAAGUUUGAGCAUUAACUACGUCGGCAUGAGUGAAGAUAUGGAAAAAAGGUUACCACAACUCUAUUAUAUAAAGAUGAAAAUUUUUUAUGAUCUGGGUUUUAUUGCAAUCGGAGUCGCCAUGGCAACGUAAUGACGCCAUUACGUUUUUCAUUUAUUGUUGUGUUUCUCUGUACCAGGAGUUUUUUGAAGAAAUCGCUUGAGGGAGUAUGUACCUGCCAUAAUUGCCUCCAUUAUGGCAAAGUUUGAAGAAAUUCUAUGAGAGCGUUUUCGAGAUAUUUCGAAAUGCAGUUUUAAGAAUCAUCAAAGCAGUGAAAUAGCAUGCUAGCCGCUCAAUUCGCUAAUAGUUUAAGAAAAUGAUAAGCUUUGGGAACGCGGCUUCAUCUCAUAGUGGUUUGAUUCCAUUGAAAACUGCAUACAAAAAAAGAGGGGUAUUGCUCUGGGCGAUCGCGAGUAACAGGAAUUUUAUUAACUUGUAUUCGGCUGCUUUUGAUACAGUUUUUGGAGGUAAUUUGGUCCAUGCCUAAAAAUUUCGCAUUUUUCCAAAAACCGCUCGAUAAAUUUUUUCAUAAAUUCGACAAUUCCGAGAUCAAUCGUCAAGAAAUAUUCCCUGCAAGUUUCAAGAACAUUGAAAACAGGGAAGGCUUUUAAAUAGGGACUCAAACAUAACCAAUUUUCCCCCCAGAUUUUGUGUUUACAAGUGAGCGUCCUCAUUAUUCACUGGCAUUGUUUUCAAGUUUCAUAUGCACGUGCACAACUAGCAAAAGAUAUAAAUUUGCAUCAAAAAGAACUCUCGAUUACUUUCCGAAGAAAUAUCCGGUAUAUGCUAGUAAUUGGCUUGUCGUCACAGAUAGCAGUGAGAGCCGAAACGGUGAACGUCACGGCUCAUCGUGUAGGAUGCAAUACUUAAUUAUCUUAAUCGGGUUAUAACAUCACAGAAACUCUCACGAAGAGUUGCUCUGAUGUUAUAAUGUAUCACUUACCUCUUUACCCGGUAAUUAGCAUAUCCCGGAGAUUUAACCGAGGGUCCUUUUUGAUGCAAAUUCUAUCUUUUUGCUAAAUGUGCACGUGUAUAUGAAGCUUGAAAACAAUGCCAGUGAAUAAUGAGGACGCUCGCAUGUAAACACAAAAUCUGGGGGGAAAAUUGGCUAUAUUUGAGGCCCUAUUUAAAAGCCUUCCCUGUUUUCAAUGUUCUUAAAACUUGCAGAGAAUAUUUCUUGACGAUUGAUCUCGGAAUUGUCGAAUUUAUAAAAAAAUUUAUCGAGCGGUUUUUGGAAAAAUACGAAAGUUUUAGGCAUGGACCAAAUUACCUCUAAAAACUGUAUCAAAAGCAUCUGAAUGCAAGUUAAUAAAAUCCUUCUUAAUCGCGAUCGCCCAGAGCAAUUCCCCUCUUUUUUUGUAUGCAGUUUUCAAUGGAAUCAAACCACUAUGAGAUGAAGCCGCGUUCCCAAAGCUUAUCAUUUUCUUAGAGUAUUAGCGAAUUGUGCGGCUAGCAAGCUAUUUCACUGUUUUUAUGAUUCUUAAAACUGCAUUUCGAAAUAUCUCGAAAACGCUCUCAUAGAAUUUGUUCAAACUUUGCCAUAAUGGAGGCAAUUAUGGCAGGUACAUACUCCCUUAAGUGAUUUCUUCAAAAAACUCCUGGUACAGAGAAACAGAACAAUAAAUGAAAAACGUAAUGGCGUCAUUACGUUGCCAUGACGACUCCGAUUGCAAUAAAACCCAGAUCAUAAGAAAUUUUCAUCUUUAUGUAAUACAGUUGUGGUAACGUUUUUUCCAUAUCUUUACUCAUGCCGACGUAGUUAAGGCUCAAACUUGGGAGGUAUCCCCCUAAAAAAAUCCAGUCGAGCCACCUUAAGUUAAAAACUAAAACUAAUUACAACUGCUUUACAUGAUUGCCGUGUGGGAAUCCGAUAUAUCAGCUACCUUCUUGAUAUUUCGCUUAAAAUGCUCAACGGAUGCAGCAUUUUUUAAGUUUUUGGGCAAGUUAUUCCAUAAUAUGGCCCCUCUGUAAGAGAAGGUUCGUUUCAAAUAAUUGGUGCUUGGUUUGGACAGGGUCAGCCUUCCCUCAGAGUUUCUUAAGUUGUAAGCAGAGUGACGCUGCGAGAAAAGACUUUGUAGAUAUUCCGGAGCAAGGUUAUUCAUGGUUUUAUAGAUCGUUAAGGCUUUUUGUUUCUUUCGUCGAAGAGAUAGCCUCUCCCAGCUGAGGGUGGAGAGAAGGUGGUUUGAGCUCGCAUCAAAGGCUGAUUUAGUAAUAACUCUGGCUGCACGAUUCUGUAAUUUUUGGAGCUUAUCACUCAAGUAACCACUCAAACGGUCCCAGACGGGGCUGCAGUAAUCAAAAUGAGGCAUAAUUAAGGCGUUAUAAAUUUGAAUUGCAGUUUCUUUGGAUAUAAACGGCCGCACACGUUUUAGCGCGCCUAAAGCUGAAGAGACUUUCUUGCAAAUCUCUUCAACGUGUUUACCCCAAGAGAGUUGAGCAUCUAUGGUAAGACCCAACGAUUUGGUAUGAUCGACUCUCUUGAUAAUUUGGUCAUCAAUUCUGAUUUCUACAUUGUCACAUUGGGCAGAUAGUCUUUGUCUUGAUCCAAUAAUCAUUAGCUCUGUUUUAGCAACAUUUAGACUGAGCUUCUAAGCUUUAAGCCAACAGCUAAGGUUGUUUAAUUCAGGGGUUAGAGCUAGCUUAAGCUCUGUUAACGUCUUAGCAGAUAACGUAAGGUUGGUGUCAUUGGCAAACAUUCUUGGUACGGCGCCCCGCAGGGAGUUGGGAAGAUCAUUAAUGUAAAUUAAAAAUAGCAUAGGACCCAAUAUGCUACCCUGCGGCACGCCGCAACUGAGGGUACGAGCAGAUGAUAGUUUGCCACUGACAUUACAUCUUUGGGUUCGGCCACUUGAGUACGACGAGAACCAUUUUAUGGCUGCCUGAUCGACACCCAAGUAUGACAACUAUAGUCAAAUUCUAACACAACAACUGCAAAAAAGUUUUUAUACAAUGUCAUAUUAAAGUGUUUUUAAAACCAUUGUCACCUUUUGAAGAGCCAAAACCAAACAAAAGCGUUUUUCAAAGUGAGCCGGAGGUUCUUCGUUGUUUUGAACUGAAGUACAAAUUCUUGACGAGGCAUAAAAAACCUCUUUCGCUCGCAAGAACGAGCAAGUAAGAAAAUCCUGUGAAAACGGCCCGGAAAAUGGCAAGCAAAAGUUGAACCAAACAAGACGGAGACUCGACAACGGAGGAAGUGUCAGGAUCCAUUGUCACAUAAUUAUACAGACUCUGGAAGAAGUAAAUACCUUCAAAGGCGACAUGGCCUCUGAAAACACGAAAAAGAAUACUAGUACCUCCGUACGCCGCUUGCAAUCGUGGUACUUAGAAAAGUACAAAACAGAGCUGAACUUGAACAGCGUUUCCAAAACAUUUCAAGAUACUUACCUUAUAUUAAUCGCGAUGUUAAACUUUCAGUGCUUUCGCUUGGACGCUUCACUUCUUUCAGUUUCGCCACCGAAAAGGUAAAAGGUGUAAAUUAUUUUCCUUCUCGAGUAAAUGAGUGAGAAAUUUGAAAAAAGAUGUUAUAGAUAAACGGCGUAUAAAUUCAGUGAAAUACCACUAUUUAUCCUUAAGAUUAAUGUAAUGUUUGUUUACUUAUGAAAAGUUUGAAAGCAAAUGUAAAAACAAGCACGAGGUACAAGUAAAGUUGUGGAAGGUUGAAACGUGUACGACUGACCUUGCUUCCUAUUCGCUAACGCAGUGACAGUUCUGACAGUUGAAAUGGCUAUCUGGAGCGCGCGCUCAGUAUAAAAACAAACAUCAUUGCUGUUUUCUUUUUUUCCUAUUUUUAUUCAAUUAUGUGAUUCAAGGAAAAUCCAUUACCUGACUCGUGAAUUCCAGGUUAAAUUACACUUGAUAACCAAUAUCGCACUCAUCGCGAUAUCGGUUCUCGCGUACAAUUUAAUAAUAACCUUUAUUUUAAGAGGGUGACACCAAUUACUAUGAAGUCUUCUCCCUAGUAGCCCUCAAAAUUUAACGCGGAAUUCCAUCGACAGGUAAUGAACCUUCCUAUUAUAUGCAACAUCGUUCCAAGGGUGCUGGCCUACCCGUCCUGGAAAGAGAACCUGGGAACGAUGUUGCUUAAUAUGUCCUCUUUGUUCAUUUAACAAUCCAACUCUACUUAUAUUUUCUAAAUAAUUAUAUAACUCAAUUUCUUUGAAUCAAAAUAAACCAUAACUAUGUUUUCAUUGCCUUGUCUUCCUAUUUUUUAGGAAAUUUUUUAUGUUGUAUUAUUCUUCUUUUUUCCUGUAUUCUAAUUUAUAUAGUGUAGUUUAUUUUGGAAAAUCGCGUCUUUCCUCUGUUAUGUCAACUCAAAUUUUUUCUAUUUUUGAUAAUUUUUUGCAGGAAAAUGGGACCAGAUUGAUGGCGUUGCUUACAUUUACGGCGAACGAAACUGGUGGGAUCGAUUUUACGAUAAUUACAUUCGAAGGAAAGAAACCGCGGAAAAUCGGACACAAGCACUUUUGACGCACUUGCCAAAGUGGAAAGGGUUUCUGUUAAAUGAACCUGUAGAAAAGAUGACAGCUACAGAGGCGUUGGUGGAGCUAGAUAGAGUUGUUAGUUGCCUGUUUACCAGCGUAUUUGUUCAAGAAGGUCAUUUUAAUCCUGAAAAAAAGAGACCAAACGACAUCAAUAUUGAAACGGUGGGUAUUUGCUGAGAUUGUUUGAAACUGGACCUUUUAACUCCAACUACGAUAGACUUUUAAGAAGACUACAGAUGUUUUUAUUCAUAAUUUAACAUUUCUUUUUACAUUUAAGGUCCUAAGCGAGCUCCUGCAACCAAAACUGAAGGAUAACAGUACUGUUUUGGCUCAGAGCAAAAUGGAUUUGAUUGGGCGGGCUUCAGCACUCGUUUCCUCUCUUGCAAUUGUGCUGCUUGUAAAGAAAUAUGGUAUCGAUUUACCAGGAGAAGACAAGCUCUUGCUGUUGAAGUGCUUGACCCUUGAAGUUGAUCCUUCCGCUAAAAGAUGUACCGCUUAUGAAGUUGUUUUGGAAGAGUUUAGUGAAGGACUCAGGGCGUAAGUGUAAUCAGGCGUUAACCUGUUUUAUUUGACCUUGAGUGUUAAUCUGUAUUCAAUAACAGGUGGCAACCUUCUUUGGAAUUAUUUCCUCUUACUAGGGUGAGCGACAUACUGAAAUUUAAUGAAGCUUCUUCUAAAAGCGCUGACGUAGUUUCCGCGCCGAUUUCCCACAGUGUAUACAGUGGACAAAAGGGCUAACAACUUAUGGACGAUUACUAAUACUGUAGACACUAAUGAAAAACAACCAAAAAACGUCUAUCAGCAAGUGUAAUUUUUUAAACGACGUUAACGAACUCUUAAGUAGCUGCCUGGAUUUCGAUCAUUUCGUAGCGGUAUUACUGUCUCCAUCAAUCAAACCGUGAGAAAUGGCUCAGAUAAUGUAAAAUCUGCUUUCAAAGGACUGGCAGCAUUAAUUCUUUUUGAGGCGUCCAGAUUCGUUUUUGUCCAGUUUAUCUGCGAAACGUCUUCGAAGGAACAAUGUGCAUGGUUUCAUACAUCGUAAAGACGUUAUUUGCAUUUCAAAACCAAUAUAGUAAAGAAUCUUACCAAUUGAUUGACUGACCUUUGCCGGACAAAUGAUAAGCAAAUGCACUCGCCUUCUAAAUGUUGAGGUGACAAUAUUAUUGUUUUCUUUGUUUGCAGUCGCGCUGCUGAGGGAAUUGAGGACCUUUGCAAUGAAGUCAUGGCAAAUGCGUGGAAAGCAGAUAGGGAAUGGGUAUUUGCCAUACCUUUGCUGCAUUUCUUAAGAGAGGAUUCCAAACCUUUUGAAGAACCAGACAUUGCAGGGUCUUACAACAAACUCGAAUGGAUUGGCGCCCAGAAACUGAGAAUAAGAGAGUUUCAGCGAUGGGAGAGACAGUAAGAACAUUUCACAAUACCAGCGAUAAAAACUGCCAUGUCCCCCCCGUAGUAAUCAUUUAUUUUGGACAUCCUGCCUUCCGGCAAUAUGUUUUUUAUGGGCUUUUACGACGUGGUGAUGAGUCUACUGAAAUAAGCUUUUCUUAAUGUGAAGAUCGUAAUAUCUUGUUACUAUUUGUUGUAAAUUAACCUAGAUCAACUUUGUUUCUGAUGCAGAAAUUUAUGGAAUGCCUUACCUCAGUUGGUUUCAUCCUUUGAACUUGACCGCCUGUUUAAGAGAACGUUUUUAAACGCCAUCCCCGUUUGGGAGCUACAUAAGGUUGUGGAUAUCAAAAUGUUCCACGUUUCCGAUAUUUGUGUGGCCUUGGUAACUUUCUGUCAGCGUGAAAGUGUUCCUAUGGAAAAGGUAGAGAAAUCAUUCUUGGAUACUUUAUAAAGUAGGACGCUUUCUAAAUGCCAGAGCAUUGGCCCUGGCUUUACCAAUCAUUUAUGGAAAGAAAUACAGGGUUCAAGAAAUGUCCCUUCCGAUCAUCCGGGGCAAAAAUGAGAAAGAUUUUCCUGGCCCCGUUGGUGGAUUCCCUUUGGAUUCCCUCGCAAAAAAGUGGAUUCGCUUAAUUACAUAUGCAGGAUUCCCUCGCGAAAAAGUGCGUUCCUCCAUACGAAUUAGGGUCUUCCUGCAUACUAAUAACUGUCUUCCUCCAUAUGUAAUGAGCGUCUCUCUACUACAAUAGGCACAAUAGGCUUUCCCGGUCUCUUUUAACACUGAUUGGCUCAUGUAGAAUCUAUUAUGUGUUCAAAAUUAAAGCGGGCAGUUUUUGAACGCGCUAUCGUUCUUGCAAUCGCUUUGCUAAAGGAAACAAUUUGUUCGAGUUCGUUUUUUUGGAAAAUUCUGUUCACUUUUUAUCACCAUGGCUUUCGUUACCAUAGCUUUUCUUUUUGUUAUUUUCUCUCCUCCUUCUCCUCCUCCACAUUUUUAUUGCUUUCCCUCCUCCUCCUCCUCAUUUUUUGAUUUCCCUUCUCCUCCCCCUCAUUUUUUAUUGUCUUUCCCUCCUCCUCCACAUUUCCAUAGUUUUCUUUCCUCCUCCUCCUCAUUUCUAUUGUUUUCCCUCCACCACCACAUUUCUAUUGUUUUCACUCUUCCACAAGUUUUACUACUUUCCUUCCUCCUCCUCCUCAUUUUCAUUGUUUUUCCUUCUCCUCCUCCUCAUUUUUUAGUCUUUCCCUCCUCCUCCUCUUUUUUUGUUUCCUCCUCCUCCUCAUUUCUAUUGUAUUCCCUCCACCACCACAUUUCUAUUGUUUUCACUCUUACAGAAUUUUUACUGUUUUCCGUCCUCCUCUUCCUCCUCAUUUUUAUUGUUUUCCCUUCUCCUACUCAUUUUUUAUUGUCUUUCCCUCCUGCUCAUUUUUUUGUUUCCUCCUCCUCCUCCUCCACCUCCGCAUUGCCAUAGUUUUCUUUCCUCCUCCUCCUCCACCUCCGCAUUGCCAUAGUUUUCUUUCCUCCUCCUCCUCCUCAUUUCUAUUGUUUUCCCUCAACCACUACAUUUCUAUUGUUUCACUUUUCCACAAUUUUUACUGUUUUCCCUCCUCCUCCUCAUCAUCAUUUUUAUUGUUUUUUCCUCCUCCUCCUCCUCCUCAAUUUUAUUGCGUUUCCUUCCUUCUCCUCCUUCUCCACAUUUCCAUUGUUUUCCCUCCGCCUCCUUCUCAUUUCUAUUGUUUUCUUUCCACCACCCCUAUCACAUUUCUAUUGUUUUCUAUCCUCCUCCUACUCGUUUCUAUUUUUUUCCUCCACGACUGUCAAUAAAAGACUGCAAACUGCCAUCAUAAGUUUAUUUUGUAGUAAUGUAUCGUGGUUUUCUUCAGCUGUAAGCUGAUUGCCUGUUUAUCAGCGCCAGUUUCUUUUAAAAACAGCCACUCCACAGCAAAUUCAUGCACUAGUCCUGUACAAUAUACUUCAAGUCUUAUAAAAUAUACUUAUGGGACACAUUUCCAUCCCCGAAGAAAAUAAGCGGAUGUUGCUGUCAUAUAAGGAUGCUUAACUUGACCUGGCCAGACCAAAUGUCCCUUAGAAAACAAAGAAGUGAGGAGUGGUUUUAUUGAAGAUUUAUUGGUCCCUGUUGUUUCAAGCUUAGAGAUUUCUAAUGCUAUAAAAGAGGUGACGCAUCGCUAAGUGGAUGAAAUGAAGAGAAGAGAAAGAUAGAUUUGGUUGAAGAAGAGCGUGAGACCGCGGAUGACGAAAACGAAAGUUUUAGUGAUGAAAUCGAGGAUGAAGAACCAAGAAUAAAAGAUGUUUGAGUCAACUUUCCCCAGCGGUGUUGGAAAAGCGUGUGUUGGAAUUGCUGCAUAGUAUGGCCGCCCCCAAAGAUAUUCUUUUCUGUACUUCCCGCGGACAAUUACUUCGAAAUAAACGCAUAAUUCCUGCACAAACAUCGCCAAGCUACUUGAGUAUGUGUUACUCCCACAUAACAAUGAGGUUACCAAGCCUUAUGCGCUGAAUACGUUUCUAGAUGAACUUGCGGAGUUAAGAAUCGAUGAGGGUUUAAUCAAGAACAAAAAGUUCCGAAGCGAUUUCGAAAAUACAAACGAAAUGUGCUCAUGCCCCCUGGGCAUCCUAUAAUACUUAAAUCGCAUUAAUUUAAUAUGGCCGCCGCAUCGGUAAAAAGCUCCAUUCCGUUCGUAUGCAACGGUGAGCUUGUUAACUCGCAUUAUUAACUGACUUGCGGCGCGUGAAACCACAAGACUUAGGGUUAGGGCUUGGGGUUAACGAAAGCCAUGGUGAUAAAAAGUGAACAGAAUUUUCCAAAAACUCGAACAAAUUGUUUCGUAUAGCAAAGCGAUUGCAAGAACGAUUGCGCGUUCAAAAACUGCCCGCUUUUAUUUUGAACAGAUAAUAGAUUCUACAUGAGCCAAUUAGGGUUAAAAGAGACCGGGCAAGCCUACUGUGCCUAUUGUAGUAGAGAGACGCUCGUUACAUAUGGAGGAAGACAGUUAUUAGUAUGCAGGAAGACCCUCAUUAGUAUGGAAGAACGCACUUUUUCGCGAGGGAAUCCUGCAUAUGUGGUGAAGGGAAUCCACUUUUUGCGAGGGAAUCCUGCAUAUGUAAUGAAGAGAAUCCACUUUUUUGCGAGGGAAUCCAAAGGGAAUCCACCAACGGGGCCUAAUUUUCAACAUAGUACACUACUUCAGUUGUUCAAUGGGCCGGCAAGGUCCCAGAAAAGUUCUCUCUUAAUCUAUUCAUUUUUUUCGAAGCCCUGAAAUAGGCUGUGCUAAAACCAUUUCAGUGUCUUGCAUAGUGGUACUAUCUACAAAUUGGCUGGAAGGCUCUGAUUGAUAGUGGAAAUGUUGAAUGGUUUGGUCUUGCCAGUCAGUUCUGGGUAAUGUUAAGCGCCCCUGGAUUAGAUUGCUUAGUUGCAUUGGUGCCUAAUUACUGGCGAAAAGAAGAAAAUGAUGACGUUCAUGAAGGAGUUGUCUACUCCCAGUUCUCUUAGAGGCCACUCAAAUGCACUUGUGGCUGCGCUUGUUGAUGGGUCGGUCGGUGUUCUGUCGAAUUUCUCCGUGGGACGGUUUAGGGAAUGAGGUUUGGCCCAAUGAGAGCCAAUAAGAGAAGCGAGAUUUUCGCCCAAAUAGCCCAUAACUAUGCAAACCGAUUGAACCUGAGCCAGUCUCACACGUAACUUCAAAAUGGUAAACAACGGAUUUCAUUUCAUUUAGUGGAUGGAUGUAGCGAAGUGCAUACAGCUGGUGAUCAAGCAGAUGGAGGAGGAACAUGAAACGGCCGAGUAAGUUUUUCUAAUAACUUUUCUUUCUACGAAUGGCAGUAGGUGUCAACAGUUUCCUUUUCCUCUACCAGGGCGCCACUGAGUUUAAUGUCGUGUAACAACUGCGUUGCUUAGUGGAGGUGGGUGCCCCUAGCCAUGAGCCCCCACGCCAAGCCGAAAGGACCUCGAAGCUAAACACUAAGCUCGGAGAGAAGGGGCUCAUGGCUGGGAAAAGCCUGAGCCUUUAUACGCCAAGCUCGGAGUCACCCGCGUACACUGAGAAUGUAGAAACAUACAACGGCUAAACAAGACCCGAGUGCCAAACGUACAGCGCCAACGCCCCAUAAACGCUACAAAUGUUGUAAGACAAAAAAGAAUGAUCCAAAGGCUAAACGAAGAGAGUGGCCGCCAGGAAAAUGCUGUACUGAGCACAUGGAGGUGACGCAAGAAAGGCUGACCGCGCUUGAGCCAAACGACUGACCGCUGACCACGCCCACGCUCCUUGUUAACUAUGUUAAGUAAAUUUAACUUCAUUAAACAUGCACCUUUUUCCCUAGUUCGAUAGGCACUCGGGCGCUUAUUUAAGAUUUAGGCCAAAAGAGGGGGCGCUUAUAUAUAGAAGUUUGGUUAAUUGUAAAUACGAACUAUAGGAGACCAUGGAAUUAUUUGUAUACCUUGGAAAGUUUUCGGGGCGUAACGUAGAAGCAACUUUAUUAUGUACAUUCUGGGAUACACGUGUGCUCACUGUAAAGCCAUGUCCUUAGGAAGUUUCAUAUGCAAUUGAGAUUUAGCCAGAGAUGCAUUUUUUUUUCACACAGGUAACAGAAAUCGUUCGCCUGUUCGUUCCGCGAACGAUUUCUAUUUAAUCGUUGCGCUCCCGCUUAAUUUCAAAUAUGUCCACAUUCGACUGGUAAUAACCGUACGUACGCACCUUCCGUGUGGUAUUUUUCCUAUAGUUUUAAUUAUAUUGUUGUCAAUACUGAGUCUUGAGAUAGGUGGGCUUGUACGAAGUAGUUGGAGAUUUAAAAGGCUUAUUUUACUGGUCCGCGUAGACAUUCUUGCAGACAUCAUUGGAAACUAACGUACACAUGAACACGCAUGUAAAUUCUCCUGCACAUAGCAAUGGAAAUUCUGUGCUGGUUGCGUCAGUAGUGUGAAUCACUAGUUAUGAUACGUACUGACGAAAGGAAACUGACAAGACAAGACAAUAUUUUAUUUGGAUCUUGUACCACCUGGUACAUCGACAGUUUUCCAAAUAACUUAAAGUUACAAUCUUCUCUUCGUCUUUUUCUUGUAUCCUUUAACAGGAGCAGUUACAAGACCCUUGAGUUUACUACUUCAAUUUGUUUAAAACUGCUGGAGAUUUGCGUCAAAAAGUUGAACUUUCGGGAUCAACUGGAAAUUGUUUGCUUGUUGAUAAGGUUGUUAUUGACAAGCAUCCAGAGGCAACGAAAAGGAAUGGCAGAAAGUUCCAGUGAAGUGGAGAACAAAACGGAGGAAGGAGCAGUUAUCAAUAAGCUAUUGAAGAUACUCAGAAACGAGCUGAUGUGUGUACUCCCUCCAAGCAUGAAUUACCAUUACAGGAGCGAUAGCUUACUUAGAGAACUUCAGGUAAAUACGAAAUACUGGUGGGUGGUCUCGUGCACAAAAAUGGGAAUGUUCCAGAAAACAUUAUUUUAGUUCUAGAAAUACGUUUUCGCAAAAAUCUCGCGAAGCUAAAAGGGUCAGCAGUGAGAAUAGAGACCUUUAGAUUCCAGGACGAGUACGACUACGAGUACGAGAUUUUCUCAAUACUAAGUAGUGUACGCGCGUGAACCAGCGUCAUCUUGGCGGGAAAACGUGGUAGCCGUCGUUAUUCUACUACGAGUUUUCGCGCGAAUGUCGUGGUGGCGAAAACAAGAUAUCAACUGUUAGAAGUUUUAUUAUUUUGCGAUCGGGAGAGCGCGUAUAACCUCCUUAACUAAAGAUAACAAUGCUAACUUUUCUAGUGGAAAAUGGUAAAAUAAAGCUUUCCGGGGAGUCUAUAUUUUGAGAAUACGCGAAAAAACUUUAAAUCAAAUCUCGUACUCGUAGUCGUCCUCGUCCUCGAAUCUAAAGGUCUCCAAUAAAAAGUAAAAAGCCAAAGGGUAAAAAAACGAUGAAAGAAAAAAAAAAUCGGAAGUUGCCAUGGGGGGAUUUGAACCCGCAUCCCAACUUCCUCCAGCGAAAAAAGUGCGGCCUCUAACCAGUGGGCCAUGCGAUCGGUACGCCGUUUUUCUUCAAAAUUAAUAAUUUGAAGUAUCUUUAUCUGCCAUCCACACUGUUUGAACCUUAUGGAGCUGUAUUUAUCAUGAAUAUUCAAAGAUACAUUAGAGGAAAAAUAGCUCAAACGAGUAUUCAAAACCAUUUCGCAUUAUCUCCGUGUUUAUUCACUCUCGGGCUUUACUGUAGGCCACUCGAUUAACGGACUGGUCUUCUUCUUCGCUGCUUUCGCUGAAGUUCAGGUCACCGUUCUUUCGGUGUUAAACCUUCCACGGCAAGGAUUUCCAGCCACCUGUCCAGUCGGGCACUGUUGUGUUUGCAACCCGCGGUUAUUUGCCUCAGAAAUAGUUUGCGAUUUGCCAACGUACAAUAAAAGGAGGAUGAAUAAAAUGAACCCAAGUCUCUGCACGUGUUGCCUGGAAACCCAAAAUGCACGAUGACGUCAUGUUGAAUAUGGCGUCUUUAGGAUUUGUUUAUGGCUUGUUGCUAGGCAACUGCGGAUACCAAACCGAUAGAAAGAUUUAUGACCAAAGCGAAAUCGCUGUUCGCUUGUGAUCCUCGCGUGAUACGCGCGCUGGGCGCGCGACAAAUUUAUAAACUCGCUCCGCGAGAACUAGACAUUUUUUUAAUCUGACCCCCAAAACAUUCACAUUACAUCAAGGGUCACGUUGGCUAACGAUGAACCAGCGUGAAAAGUUACUCUAGUUACUCUCAACUAGUUGAACAUCCAAGAUAGUCCAUCCAGGAUGUAAACCCAAGAAUUCUCUGCAUCUCUGUUCUAGCAUUUUUGGAAAUUCUUGUGCGGUGUCAUGUGCAAGAAAAAGCCGUAAAAAGUGAAGCCCGUAGUAGGGCUAAAGCAGUUGGGUGGGGUGGGGAAGGCAGAGAAACAGACAACUGAACUAAACGCCACUUCCUCGAAUGAAAAAAUGACCUUAACAAGUAGGUCAUAAAUCGUACAAAGAUUAAUUUCAGAUACAAUGCAAUAUUUUGUGCCGACUCUAUCACCGAAGGACACCUUAAUGGCGACACCGGGCGUUGAAAUAUGCCAAAAACCGCUCUGGAAUAGACGGACCCUUCCAAGGUUUUUGUAACUUUUGAUAUGGACCAGCAAGCGCGAAUCCGACGCCACUGGAAAGAGCGCCUUAAAAUUGGUUGAAAUGCCAAAUUUGGAAGUGACACGUUUUAAGCGAGCGAAGAUAUAGCUCCGAAAAGUUGCGAAAAUUUACAGACGUUUGUAUGGUGGGGAGGCAAGUUUGUGCCCGCCACCAUACAAACGUCUAAAACUUUUUGCGACUUUGUGAUGCUAUAACCGUUAUCUUUCAACAAAUUACUUUCAAACUUGGCAAAUUUUAAGGUGGAUUUUCCCUUACUUGCUAAUGUCAAACGUUUUAAAGAAAACUAUGGAACGGUCUAUUCACCAAUCGCUAGCAACCACGGCGGUUCCUUAAUGAUUUGUUUUGUCAUUAACUGCCCUCACAUAAUGCUUUAUUAGCUGCUACAAAAAUGUUCCUCAAUUGGUAGAGGAUUAGAUGGAGCCGAAACCAGUUGUGGAACCAACUGUGAAAUACUUAUGACCGAUUACUUUACACAGUUAAUGCAGUCAGAUAAAUGCAGGAGUAAAAAUUGUUUUUCGUGUGUCCCCUUUGAAUUAAAGUUAAAGGCAAAAGAUAAUAAAAAAGAAAUGUUAAUUGACUGGGAAUUGAAUUGAUGGUAUUCAAUGGCGUUUACAUGAUUUCAAUUACUUUCUGGAGCGCGCAGCUGAUGAAAACGCUCAGUCAAAGUAAAUUCAACUAAAUGACGAAAGCAUUAGCGAAGCUGCAUAACUGUCCAAUCUAUCCUUUGACAACUCGACUCUUAGAUAGAGUACAAAUCUUCCGUAAGAUGCUGAAUUGUCAAUUUUUCUUUUAGACUUGGAGCGCUUUAUUGGCGGUUGCAGAUGAGAAUCAAAGAUUUGGCAUGUAUCGGGAGUACUUGAUUAACGAACUGACCAAUCGAGCUCGAAGGGUAAGCCUCAAUUUCAAGGUACAAGAUUUUCAACAUAGUUUUGAACUCAGUGCUUUUCAGUGAAGAUACUAACAUGGUAAUUCAGUGUUUCCCCUUUUUUUAAUAGAUGCUCAUCGAUACUCGCAAACGUAGUGUACUACGCUAAAUUUAAAUCUGCCGUAGUAACCAACACUGGAUUGAGGGUAAAGCAAACUUUUAAAAAGACUGUCUUUAUGAAAGUACUCGUUGGAGCAAAUCGUGGUAGUCCCUCACGUGUUUAUAUGCAAAUUCUAGCAAAGUGGCAUUACGUCCCAAAAUUGUAUCCCUUUUCAUUCAAACAUGACCACUGCUUUUGGUUAUAAAGGAGGUAACUCCUACGCCUUGAAUUAAAGUUCAUUCGGUAACUAUGCUUACGGAAUUUUGAAGGUAAUUGUGGAUUAUUUCCUUCUCAGGUAGAGGAAAAGUAUCUCGUUGAGAUAUUUUGCGAAGUGCAAAUGGAUGACUUAGACAAAGCUGUUGGAGAAACGUUUACUAAACUUGCCUUUGAAGGAGUUGAAAAGAUAAUUAAUGUAAGUUUGUUCAAGAAAAUGUAAAUAUUUCUUCGGAGGGGAGAGUGAUAGGACUAGUGUCGAGUAGGAUGAAAUAAUUUAUUGUAGUGGCGUACGUAGUAUAGUAAAUCGCAGUUCAUGUUUAUAUAUUUCGUUGGGAAUGCCAAGGACUGUCCUUUAGCUGCCUAGUUUCUCUCUCUUUGAGCACAGAUUUAUUUCUAUUUUUUUUGGAAUGCAGCAAGCUUGAAGCAGUUCACACACUUUAUUAUUAUUAACAAUCUACAUUUACAUAAAGUCCAUUUCCGCCCGCAAGUAGCAGGUGCUAAUCGAGGCGGGCGUUCCCAAGUUGCUUUCAUAAAAAUGCACGUCGCUCACAGUGAGGUAACAGUGCAUUUGCAAUGAGAACUCUUUGGUAUAAAUAUGCUUGAAUGAAAUACUUAUUGAGAUUUCUUUGUGAAUUGAUUCUAGUCACAGAAAAAAGGUGAUGCCCACCGAGCUUUCCUAACGCUGAGUUCGAGCGCUCGAGGAGGUGCCUCGAAAGCUGGAAAAUAUGGUCAACUUUUAUCUAUUUUGCUUACAAAGUCCUGGCCCAAGGAGAAUGGUGGAACAGUCACAGUUGGUUUGGACAGGCGCACUGUUGAAUUUCUUCUCACUUGGAAUCCGAUGACUGGAUACCUCAAAUUCUUUGGUAUUUAUAACUGUGUUGAAAAUUUGAUGCUUAGUUUUUUUGAAAAUAGAAAAUGAGAUAUUUCAUUUUUUUUUUACAGGAGAUGGCUCUGAAAGAGGUGCAAUUCUGACAGAUGAAGGACAGGAAACAUUAUCUAUGGCUAAAUCCCUGCUGGAAGCACUGAUAGAUGAUAUAUCAAAUGCGUCAGUCACCGUCGAAAUCUUACUCCUUUUGAAGGAUUUCAAGCAAAAAUUUGUAGAACUUGUCAAAACUACUACGCCAGUAGUUACAGAGGAAGAAGGCCGGAAAAUUGCCACAAACGAGAGAAUUGAACAGAUCCUUAAUGAAAGAAUUGAAGAAAUCGAUGAAUUCCAAGCUGUUAAAGUAAGAGUGUUGUCUUUUGCCAGGAUGUGUGACUUGAUUCCACCAGGUAAGAUCUGUAAGAAAGGUCAGCUUUGCAGUUUUUCCGCGAUUUGUGCGUUCCCCCGGUUGAUUUCCUCAUUAUAAUCUCUUUAUCUGUGAUUGUGAUGAUGAGAUGAUGAUGAUGUUUUUUAAUCUCUGUUUAUUCAUCGGGCAAUCAAAGGCUAAGUUGUAAAUAACUAUUUUGCUAACACCUAUGAUUUUUAAAAGACCGGUUUGCUGUCUUAGGAAAGAGAGUGAUUGUUAAGCCAUGGCUUUUUAGGUGUGGAAGCUGUUUUACCGUUUGGUUCGCAUUGUGUAAGGAAGUUUCGUGAAAGGUGUCUGUUUUCUUUGUGUUCAGUGCUAUGGUAAAACAUUUUUCUUAAAUAAUCGUAUUUCCAGGAUAUUAUCAACGGUAUGGAUAAUACAAUUAGCUAUACUUCCAAACCGUCUUAACCUGAAAACAAGACAUCACUUAUUAAGUGCCUUACGUACUAAAACCUGUCUGAUUGUGAUCGCCAUCCAUGGGUUCACAAGAUUUACAAACCUCAAUCAGUUUUCUUUCGGGUUUUAAUAAUAGUAAAGUUGCGGUAUGUUCUUUGUGCGAGCAGUAUUUUGGACAAUAUUUUAGGAUAGUAGUGUAGGGCAAUUUUUUGCUCUAAUGGAGAAACUAAAUAUCUUAGAAAGUAAUCUGUACUCUCAGAUUCUAGCCAAGCAAAAACACAGUGACAUUUAAGAUGAAUACUUAUCUAUUGUAAAUUUAGUAUAUCUGAUGGGUUUAUACUGUUAAUAAUAAAAGUUGUUUUGCUAUUUUAGUGUCUUAAAAAUAGUUGCGAGGGCUACGUGUUUACUAGCAUUUUAGUAGUCAUGUUGAUAGUGUGAUUUUUGUACACAGUUAAUGUCGGUGACAUAAAAUUCAAAGCAUCCAAGGACGUCUCAACCUUUAAUAUUUGCGAUUUAUGUGAACGCAAUGAUAAAAAACAGAUAGAAGUGAAGUUCUUUGAACUACCUCAGCUUGUGAAAGACAUCUUGUUGCCACUUCACAAAGUCCAGGAGAGUUCAACUUUUCAAAAGCUCUGGGUACAGUAUGGAAAGAAAGCCCAAUGCGCAAGAGCAAAUGACGAAUCAAAGAAACGAGACCUUAGCAUAUUGAAUGUGGUGGAAAUUGUCUGGAAACCAGCGUACGAGGCGUGGACGCAACUGGUAGAGGAUGCUUUAGAUGGUUCAUUGACACUAAUGGGCGUAGACAAAUUCUUUGAGGGCUACAAGAAUCGGAGAGAAGAGCUUGUGAAAGAACUGCGUCGCAUCUUCGUUCUUGGCCAAGAUUCGGGUGACACCACUCAGUUGAAAAAAAUAGCCGAAAAGCGUGUAUCUCAAAUUCACCGAUACCAACAGCUUGAUCAGUAUUUCAUGGCGGCAGAGACAAUCUGGGAUUUUAAGGAGUCAAUGGGUUUCACUGGUGAUUUCAAGGUUAUCGAGGAUGUACGUAAUCAAGUAAGUACAUGUAUCUCAGGAAACAUAAAUCAUAAUGGGUCGUUUGCAGAUGCCGGCUAUUCGUCGAUUUAGUUUUCUUAACAUUACAGAGAUUGCCUUCACACUGGUUGAUGUCUCAUGUACGUUGUAAGUGGUCAUAGUUAAUAAGACUUGAUCAGUUUAAAACUGAGGUCCAGCUGUCAUCUCUUGUCCCUUUUUACAACUUCUUUUAUGCGAAUAUACCCAACCACAGGCUGGCAAAAAGUUUUUCAUUUUAGAAAGGACCUGUGUCAGAUUAGGUCAGGCUGCUUUUGUAGGACGAACUGGAAAAGUUGUUAGAUAUUUGUUGACUUCUUUAAUUACUCCGCUGAUCGUCAGCUAUAAAAUAAUAGUCGCUAGUACUGAUUUGUCGGUAAUACAGAUAUGGUCUGUACGUUUUCGCAACUUUUGUCAGUUUUUAAAGAUCGAGGAUCGAAUGAAACACUCGGUAAGAUUGAAGAGCAAGAAAGUUAACAAGAAAACGCGAACCAACUCUUCAAGAGAACUUUCUUUUAAAACAGAAUUCCUUAUUUAUGGAAUAACUCCCGCGACAACCUUAGCACUGAAGACCUGAGCCUGUCAUGCUUCAAAAAACAUUGCAGAGAUUUUUAUAAGAAUAGGAUAAAGGGGCUUUGAUCCUGACCGCCCACAUGUAACUUGGCCAUGAAAUCAUAACAAUUAACAAUUUGUAUGUGUUACUUUUCUGACAAUUUCUUUUUCUUUCUUUUUUUACAAUGUAAUCUAAUUUUAAAUUGAGUGGACUAACCCAUAUGGUUCUUCGGUUCCCUUCUAGUCCUUUCCCGCUGCUAACAUGUGUAUUUACUAUGUUGUAUGCAAUAAAAAAAUGGAUUAAGCGGAUUUCUAGAUGUAUCCGACGCGUGCAUUUGAUUUCGGGUUUAAGUUCUGUAUUGUAUGGUAGGGGAAUAGAUUGCAAGGUUCUUUCCCCCAUCAUACAAACGUCUGUUAAUUUCGCGAUGUCAGUUUUCUUUGAAUGGAAAUAUAUGAAGGCUUUUUGAACUGCGGAUAAAGAUAUGAAAGUGAAAGUGAUCCUCCAGCGUUGCAUCUGGUCAUCGCAAAGAUCAGGGUUUGAUUCCCGGUCAAGCCUUAAUUUUUUCAGGUUCUGAUGAGGAUACGGGAUUAGCAGUGUAUCCCAGUUUCCCAGUGUUGCUGUCGUUGUGUUUUAUAGUUGUUGUUUCUCUUAAAUCUAGCUGUCAACCGAGUUUAAGCAAAGGCAACUUAACAGCAUUGGGAAAGAAUUUGCUGAUGCUGGAAGAGCCCUAAAGGGUUUAGAUGUUGAUAAAGCCGGAUGCUUCAAAGCAGUGGUAGAAAGCAUGCGGCUGGUGGAGUGGCUGCGAAAAACGAUCACAUGUAUGUGCUAACAUAGAUUUAUAUGAGUAAACUUAGGGUGGUUUUCUUUGACCAUGAAGUCAUCACGCGUGAACAAAACGAAAUCAACAAAGGAAGAAGAAUGUAAGUAUUCGGUUCGCUUACCGAAAACAUGCAAAAGGGCGUGGCUCCUACAGAUGACAAUUGAUGGCCAGCUGUGAAAGGUGUGAAACAAAUCGAAAAUGAUCAGCUUCACACCGAUCUUUAAUUUUAUUACAUUUGGUGUCUUAGGCAGGACAGUCUGUAGUAUCGAAGGUUAUAUACAAAAUAUCUGGUUAAAUUUUUAAAAACUCGGUCCAGCGACCUGAAUUUUCUGGAAAUGUGUGUUAACUGUCACAGACGUAUUCUUGAACAUUUUGAAAUAUUCGUACGGUUUUCAAGCAAGGUGUCAUAAAUUGUUCUAAUCUAGCCGUCCGUUUCGUCUGAAUUUUGUCACUGGUGUGGUAAGUUUAGGUGCAUUGGCGCCCAAAUAAGGCGAAGUUUCAUGCAAGCGAUAACGUAUAUUUGAGUGCUCUAAAUAGUAAGUACUAUUAUAAUACAGUCGAACCUGUCCCGUGAGCGACCAGCUGAAAUUGAAAGAUUGAGUAGUCCCUAACGGGAGGUUGUCGCUUACAAGUAUCAAAUGGCAGGAGCCUUUCCAGAAGAGGUCCCGGCUGAGACAUGUACUUUUUGGUAAGAAUUUGUUAAUUGCAAGUUCUUAAAUGCGAUAUGUGUUAAGUUCUUUGCAUACCCUUAUUUACGUAGUAAAAACUGCGAAUGUAGAGAUCAGACAAAGAGUCAAGUGAUCGCCUACAAGUGGUUAAUGGAAAAUUACAAUGGAAAAUUGCAAACGAUCACUCUAAAAAGUGGUAACGGUUACUAGAGGUUCGAACUAUAUAGCUUUCAUUUUGAUAGGUGGUCGCCUAUGGCUGGUGGUUGCAUACUUGAGGUGGUCGCUUACGGAGGUUUAACUGAAGUAGUACUGCUAGGCUUUACCGUUAUUCACAGCUUUGUGUCAUCUUUUAUGCAACUAUUUACUAAUUUGGAUUGAAUGUUUGGUAUUUUUGUAGCCCCACAGGAGCUUAAAGUUCUUGUGGACCUAGCACUGAUCACAGCCGGUGAAAGCGACAUGGAAACUGAUCGCAUAUCUAGUCUCCAUACAAGCUGCUUGGGUUUUGCUCCUUUGAUUUUUGACCUCAAAGAAACUAAAGACCACAAGGUUAGCUUUGACCAGCUGAUGAAGGCUUGUGAUCCAGUCUGGAAAGCUGUCGAGGCGGAUAAAACAUUGCCAAAGAAACUGGUAUGAGGAGAUGCAUGAUUUUCUUUUGAUAAGUCUUUUUUGUCCCUCUAGCUAACUCCUUAACCUGACUCAGGAUAGAACCUUAGAGUCCAUUGAAGGCAAGGAGACCGAUUACAUCGUCAAGAUGUAAAGACCGUGUAGCAUCGAAUGUUCUUUUUCCUGAAGACAUGGGCAUCAAAACCUCUAUUUAAUUUAACAGCACCUUUUUAGUUAUUCUUCUCUUACACGAUCACGAUCGACAAGUUAUUGAUACUCUUGUUAUAACACCAAUUACCCUGUUAUUCUACCUUUUAUUUGUAGAAAGACACUAGUCGCCAUUUGGAAUGGCUUAAGACUGUUAAGGAAUCUCAUGGAUCGGUUGCUAUGACGUCAUUGGCACAGGCUAAGACAAUCAACAGUAAUGGUGUAUACCUUGUGGGCUCUGUGGGUUCUGAGGAAGGCCCUGCAAUGCAAAGUGAAGGCCGUCCUUGUUUGGAAGGUGUUGUUCGCCUCACGGUUCCUUUAAGAGAUGAGGAAGGAAAUGAUGAAAGUAAGAUUUACUCUCUUGAUGAACUGAAAGAUUUGCAGAGCAAACUGAUGCUGAUUGCCGGGAAAGCCGAAAAAGGGAAAGAUGACGUGGAAACGUUUGUCAAGGUGUGUAUAAAAAUUAUUUCCAACUUUAAAAUGUGUGUGUUAUUUUUAUGGCUAUUGAUAUAUCGUUUAUGAAAGAGAUGUUGUGUUUUGUGAUAAUAGUUUCGUGUCGUGGCCUUGGGUUAUCAUGGCGUGCACUCUUAACAUUAAGUUCUUAGAGUAUAAGUUGGUACUUACCUGGAAAAUUUCAACUGAUUGUAACCAAGUGCUAAUUGGGAAAAAAAAAACGUUUUAUACUUUAAUUUUUACGAGUCACCUAAACUUGUCAUUCUAGAAUCUUGAAGGCGUCAUGCGUCUAGCAACGGCUUACUUAAACCUUUCGGAGUCUGGUUUUGUUCAUCGCAUGCACUGGAAUCAGGAAUUCCACUGCAGUAAAGAUCAACGUGAAGGUGAAUCUAUUUCCAAGGAACUGGCAAUGGCAAGCACGGCAAUGGAGAAUUGUUACUUGAACUGGAAAAAGAAAGUCAGUGACACACGAAAAGAAUAUCAAGAAUUAAAUUUCUUUACCACUCAGCAAAUGAUGCUGCUCAGGAGAAAAAUCGCGAUAGCUUGUCGUCGAAGUGACCUACACGUUGAUAAUCUCCAGAUUUUGACCCUACUGGAAAGUGUUCGUACCAAUGUAGACACCGAGCUCUUAAAAGCGGCAAUCCAGCGUGCAUUUAAAGACACAGGCUUGUUAGACCAAAUAAAAGGAAUGGAGGAUCUUCCCUCCUUUUCUUUGACUCCCUCUCAAGAGAAGUUUGAUACAAGCACGUCAUUGUUUGAGAACAAUAACUACGUUGACAGGAGCCUUUCUACAGGAGUCACUUCACCUCAAGUUCAGAGUGCUUCCAUCAAAAAAGAGAAGCCAAAAGACGUGUCAAAGAUCCAGCGUUUUCUCAACGCAGCAGAAGAUGAGGGAUACUCGGAGCAAGUCGCGUUGUCUGCUUUAGCGAGUUUGGGUGUAGAUGCAGAAGAAGAUGACUUGCUACUUUGGUGUUUAGAAGAAUCUGAUGACGCUGACCUGGAGUCUCUUUAUGAAGAGGCAAUGGCUAACCCUCUCGUCGUGAGAGAAAUUUAUCCUCAAGAAGUACUCGAUGUUCAAGAAAUACAACUUGGGGAAGCGAGGUAUGAUUCAGUUACAGUGAUUUUAACUUUGAUUCAGUUUUUCCAUAAGAGGUACAGUUUACUGUACAACCAAAACUACCGUGAGUUGUUUGCUCACUAAGUUUCUGAAAGAGUCGCUGCGUCUACUCCAGCAACAAAUGGCGCCCAAGAAACGACUUACUCAGGUCUGACUAAUUAUACACCUACAGUAUUCAUAUGACAAAUGACCGAUCGAAACGCAUUAUUUACGUAUCGGUUUAGUUUAUUAUCAACCGCUUGCAUUUUACAGGUUACCUGUGCUGUAUGAAAAAUCCACAAGAAAUAUUCUAAAUAUAUUUGACGUUUAAAAAACUCACGCAAUCUGUUGGUGUUUCAUGUCAUUAAGAGCUCCUCCAAGCCGUAAAUAAUUCAGACAGAAAAACAAAAGAAGAUGAAUGUCAGUUGUCUAAUGAGUGUUUGGAAAACAAAAAAAAGCAUCCCAUCUCUACGUCUUACGUAGCGGGUUAUUUUCCCACUCUCUACUUAGUUAUUGAUCAUUUGUUGAGACUAUGUGUCUUUUGCCUGAUACAUUACUUCAUGAUCAUAGGGAUAUUAAAGGCGUUUCUGCUAUAUAACAGGAUAGGGCAGGUAAAUCUGUCUUUACUUAGAAAGCGAAUGUUUCUCAGGCCAGCUUUCUGCGAGCCCCCAAGGUUGUAAUGUUGGAAAGAACGCGUUUUUGGACGUUUUUAAGUAACUGACAAACACUGACGACGCAUAUGUUAUAAGUCAAAAAUAUAUUCAGGUGGAAAUUUCUCAACCUAGGUUGAUUCUUAAUUUCCUUUCUCUCCUAGCCCUUAUUAUUCAUAAAUUAGGGCUCGUAGACAAAGGAAAUUAAGAAUCAACCAAGGUUAAAAAAUUUUAACAUUUAUAUAUAAACUAUAACACAUAUAUUACCAUAGGUAUCGUUAAUAUGGACCCAAAACACCUUACAAAGACCCUUAAGCUCCUCAGAGCAUAAAUCCUGCACUUGGCGUACUUUAUUCUUGCUUGAACUUGAACUUUUUGUGGAUUAAAGUAUUAAAACCGAAUUGGUAUUCCUUUACUUUAGGUGGCAUUAGUUAUAAAAAUAGUGGUUUUAGUAAUCAUCCAGGUAAGCUGGAAAGCAUUUUCUUUUGUUAUACGGCAGUGUGCUUUCCGCACAUAGGAAUGUUCUCAUUUUUACACGGAGAAUGCUUAAAUCUACUGAAAGGCUGUUUACGUGAUAAAAUGUAUUUAGACUCCAUUUUGGAAAAGGGUGCUCUUUUGUGUUAAAAGAUUUUGACCAAUCAUAGGAGUUGCACACAAUAGCCAAGAAAAGUUGACAAUUUUACAUGUUACCCACAUGGGAUUUCUGUGUUAUUCAGACUGACACGAGAUUUUGUUAUAUAGGAGUUGCUUGGAAAAGUAAGGAUAAAUAUAUAUACUGCUUUAUGAAGUUUUCUUAACUUUUGCUGUUUAAACGAAUCAGAAGGAGAGUACAGAGAAUAGUAAAGGUAGCAUCUUUUUGCAUUCCAGCAUGUUCGAAGCCGUUGUUGCUUUCUUUCUUUUCUGGGCCGUAACUUAAUGCUUGAUUAGCGGUUUCAAUGCACAUCUUUAAUCUACCUAUAGUGGAGCUCUAAGGCAGUCUGAAAACGCCGUUGAGAAAUCACCCAUGCCUGCUGGAAGUAUAACUGAUGAAGGAGGAGACAUGAAUGAGGAUAACGAAACUGAGAUCAGCGAGUAUCUUACUCUUGCCCAGCUGGGAAGUAUCCUAAGAGAAUUAGCAGUAAAGGGUAAGAUAUAAUGUCAGCUGAUAAUAUUGCUUUGCUUUUCUUGUGCACUUUUGUUUCGAUCACAGAUUCAUACCAUUUAAAAGUAUACAUUAUAUUAUUUGGACUUCCAGCGUGAGAUCGUGAUGGAACAUCCUUUAGUUUCUUUACAGUGCCCCCUAGCAUGACGUCGUUUAAGUUUUGGGCUUAAAACAAAUGAUAACUGGUUGUCUUUGGUGUGACUUCCAAUUUCAGGUAAAGGAACCAAACCUCGUGUCUUUCCAGCUUUCCUAAAACGAGGAAGACCCAACCUCAUGCUUGUUCCUAAAGGUAGGACUAGGUGCAAGUGCCUGGAGACUGUUUGCUUAAUAACGUCUUCGUAUUCCUUUGGUGAAAUAGUUUAUCAUCCUCGUCUGGUUAUUGUAGUCUAAAUAUGCCUGUUCAAGAAACGAAACAAAUCGUCGUUUUCAUUAAUGUCUUAUGUGCGUGCUCAAGAAGUGCUUAUCAAGGACACAGGGCCAGGGCUGAGUAUGAAACAAUGCUCCACUUCGUAAUCAUCUUGGUCUUUCUCGCAGCGUCAUUAUGUUUCAAUUGGGCUGUUUGUGUAGGAAACUGUAGUGCAGAAGUAAAGAAAUAAAGCUCAUAUUGAACACAUAUUUACACACGUUUGUAGGUGACGUUCUUGCCACUGUCCUCGCACUGUAUAUGCAUGACAAACAUCAGCCCUUACCAAGCCACGAGGAAGUGCUUAUUUGUACUCCUGAAACUACAGCCGAAGAGGUGAGUGUUUUGCAAGUAGUUCAAUGUGUAUACUACUUUCCUUUUUACUCUGUAGAUACCCACCAUUAAACUCAAAGUAGAACUGCAAACGGUCGAGUAAGCCAAAGCGCGAUGACUACAACACCAUUCUGGGCAAGACUUUCUGUAGAAAAAUGUACACCCAAGUCAGCAGGUUCCUACUAGAGUACUAGACGCACAUUUUCCAGUUGCAAUUUACAAAUUAUUAAUCACCAGUGGGUCUCCUCCUACCUAUUAGAUUCACAAUUUCCAGCUCCAGUUCAAAAAAUGCUAAUCAUUAAUCAAUUGUUUGGUCCUUCCUUUUGGGUUAAUGAAAGCACCUCAAGCCUUUACAAGGCUUCUGAAGUCAGAAGGUUCCUACUAAGUUCAAGACGCACAUACUUCAGUCCCAUUUUAUGAACAUUAAUCAGUAAUCAAUUACAAUUGCCUGAUCUCCACUGUGUAGCUGAUGAAGGCACCUCAAGUCUUAACGAAGUUACUCAAAACGGUAGUUACUUUCUUAGGUACACGACGCUAUUUUUCCAUGGUAGUUCACAAAAUACUUAUUUUUAAUCAAUUUUCUGGUUCUUCCCUUUGGGCGAAUGAAAGCACCUCAAGUUUUUACAAGGGUACUCAGGUCGUAUCUAGAUAAUAGAUGCACAUUUUCACUUCUAGAUCAUAAAAAUAAUAUUAAUCAAUUAUCAAUUGUCUCCUCCUCCCCAUCUGGUUAUUGAAGGCGCUUCAAGUCUUGACAAGGCUACUCCGGGCAGUAGCUUCCUUGCUACGUAAAGUUAUUGGUAAAUAGUUUACCUUAACUAUGUAUCUAUUGUAGCUUCCAUCAAAGUUGAGGCGUUACUUCUUUAAUUGCAUUGAAAAUCCUGGGCGUUGCUAUUAGCUAGACAAAGUCAAUGCGCAACAAACCUUUUCUUUCCCUACGUCGUUACAAUUUUUUUGGAAACAGCAUUAGAAAAUCACGGGGCUUAACGGAGGAUGAGGCAGUGAGGGGGGGGGGGGUGGUCAGGGCUCGGGGGACUACAUUUUGCUUUGGUUCUUUGAUGGAUAGCCUUGAUGAUUGUAAGCAAGUAGGUUGUAGGAUAAUGGUUUCUGUUCUCUUCUGUUUCGACCAUACUCUUUUCAUUCAUAUUAUUUUCACAUAGAGGCUACUUUCACUUAGAAAAUUUUUAAACUGUCCACAAAUGAUAAAUAACCGUCUUUCAUUAUUGAUACACCUGUAACAGGUGACCCUAACCCUUUCCCGAACUCUUAGUUUGAGGUCACCGUUUGCUGAAACGGUAUUCGUUUUAAGACUGUUUAAAAAGGAUUUUUAUGCGUAAUUGUGAAUUAAUGCACAGCAUGGGGCACAUCUACAAUGACUAAAUGCGGUGUUACCAAUGAUGGUAUCGACCGUUAAAAGUGGCAUUGCCUUUUUACCAAAGAAAAUAGGCGUCGCUUUGCAGCACUGGUAAAUUGUAACUUCAAACGUUCUUGAGGUGGCCAAGGAACAUUUAACCUUUUUUUUUUGUUCAUGAUGCUUUUCGGUUUAGGUAGAACUGUUGUGGAGACGAGCAAUAGGAGACUUGGAAGGUGGAUUUUACUGCCUGGUUCACGCUGACCAGUUGGACUUCUCUGUUAGCAAACAAGCAAUUGAUAAACUCGGUGUUUUGACACAAGGCCUUGCUGGUAAAAUGGGUGAAAGUAAGUAGAGGUUACAAAACAAAAAAUCGUUUGCAGUUUAUAGUAGUAAUCAAUAUGGGUGCACUUAAAGAUAAGCUUUAAGGCUUCAAUGCUUUGUAUGUGUAUUAAUUGUAAUUUUACAUCAUCGCCAUUUACAGACUACGGUUUGGUAGUUAUGUGUAGCAGUGAAAACGAAGACCGUGCCAACAUAGUAGCAGCCCUUGAUCAGUAUCGUGUGGCUGCUCCACCUUGCCCUUCCUCAAACGAUCUUCAGAGCUACUUAAAGAAGCAUUUCCGAAUCCCUCCUCCACAGUAUGGGUACAUCAAUAGAAGUAAAAUUACAUGGGAACCGGCGGGUACCUUGGAUCCAGAAAAGUAAGCUUAAAAAAUUCAUUCAAGGAAAUGAUCAUUUAUUUGCGAAGGUUCUAUAUGCUAACUACUGCCUUUCUGGUGCUUAGGCUCUGUGUUCGAGUUGUCACUUCGAAUAGAGGCGGCUUGGGAAAAACGCUGUACGUUCGUCGUCUGACAGACCAGCUGCAAAACCUGGUGAACAACGACAUGGUUGUGUGCCGUGACUCAGGCAUAUCAUUACAUGUCACAGUACCACUUCAUGGAAAUUCUACCGACUCCUCCAUGCUUGUAGAUUCCCUUUUGCCUCAUGCGACAAGGGCAAAUGUUCCGCUUUCUCGAGUUUUUCAUUUGGAUGUGUCUCCUUCGGUAAGACAUUAAAAUUGAAUAUUCGUCUCGAUUUUAAUACUUUGAUUUAGGUAUAUAUGUCAGUUUGCAGAUAUGUGUAGUUUCGAACAAUAUUUUAGAAAACUCUGGGUGAACGGGCUUUAGUAAGUGAAGCCCUUAAACUGUUGGAACAUUUACGUCUCUACAUUUAGUUUUCUGGUGAAAACAUAUUGCUCUAAUUUGGCAGUUGAUAGAAACACAGUUAAAGUCAGUAAUAGCUGUAUGCCAACAUUAAACAAAACAUCGACUGCCAUAGCAAAUCCACUGUACAGUCACGCAUGAAUAUGAACGAGUCUCAAAAAUUGUGCAACUGCAGAAAACCUUCCGACUGCCCCAUGAAUAGCCUUUGCCUCAGAAAAUCCAUUGUAUAUCCAGCAACCGUAACUACAGGAGACAGCGAACCUGAGACUUACGUUGGACUAACUGAAAACACUUUUAAGACCUGCUUAGCGAACCAUAGAGCAUUAUUUUAACAACCCUAGCGAAAGAAGGAGCACCGAGCUAAGUAAGCAUGUAUGGAACCUUAAGACAGUAAUAUUAGCGUCCGGGCCACCUGGAAGAUUUUCAAGCAGGCUAUCACCUUCAAACCCUCUUCCAAAUUGUGUAAUUUAUGUCUAUGAGAGAAAUAUUUUAUAAUCUGUAAGCCCCAUGUAGCCACUCCUAACACCUGCAACAAGUUUUUAACUUCGUUUAGACACGCUGGGAAAUUUCUGUUGAAAAAUUUCAAGUCCUCUUUGGUUGCACAAUAGAAUUCAUAGAAACGGGGUUGUAUCCGUAGUAACUACAUUUUUUAAAUUUCAGUUAUAAUCAGCGUUCUGUUAUAAUCUACCAUUAGGCUAUCUUAGUUAUCCGAAGAUUGCUACACCAUCGUGUAGUAAACUAUAUAGCAGUAAAAUGCGUAAUAAAAUUUCUGUUGAUAAAACAUUGUACUUCUGGUAUCCUCGCUUUAGUCCUUCAUUGAGCACUCUGAAAGCAGUUCUGCAUCAGCUGAAAUCCAGUAUUACAAUAUAUAAACUAUUAUUUGACUCAUUGUCUUUUUGUUUCCCUUCUAAGAUGAGGCGAGGAUUGGACACUCUCCUUUUUAACUUACUUGUUCUCGGUUUUCUCUGCGACAAAAUGGGAAGAGUUUGGAGGAGACGUAUGACUGAUUUGUAUGUCAUUGAAAUUACCACAGCCUCUCCACUCCCCACAGGAUUUAGCAGAGAGGAAGAAGCUGAAAGUCUAGAGGUCGGUAAACUUGUGUUAUGUUACAAAUAUUCUAUUGAAAAGUUUAAUAAACCUGUUAUAUAUACUAGUGAAUCUUUUUUUUUGGGUAAAGACUCCAACUUAGAUACUAAAUCCAAGGCUUACCUAUAACUUUUUGUUUGCUUUUGUUCUUGCUUUUCAGAGUGGGUCUGGCAGAUCUUCGAAAAGACCGUUCUAUGAUCUUCUGCCCACUAUAGUUUGUUCUACUCCGAGAACUGUUUCCUGUCGUUUAGCAACGACGCGAGGUAUUAUUAUUUGUUUGAAAAAUAAAUUCUAGUCUCAGAAGGUCUCAGAUUUGUUAAUGUUGUACCUUUCGACAGUAUCGCACAUUCUUCGAGUGUUAUCACCUGGGUUACACUCGUUACAAAUACAAGAUUAAAAAUCGCAGGUUGUUCAUAACCCCCAUCUCUAUUUUGUGACUAGAAUUUAUUUUUUUCACAUUUCAAUUCCAAGGUCAAGAAUGAGCAUUCAUGAAAUUACAAUUACUAUUUGUACUCCUUUCAUCUCGUUGUCUUUCGAAGGUUAUUCUUGCGAUAAAAUUUGCUUAUCAAUUCUCUUCAGAUCCACGAGACAUAAAUCCUUUGUUUGAUGCCAAAGAAUUUCGAAGUCCCCAGUUUCAGAGGGUUUAUCAAUAUCUCAAGCUCUCAAAAGAGGGAAAAAACAUGGACAACUUCACAUUUGUUCCUGGUAAUAUCGACGAAGAUCAAACAAAAUGCCUCUCACUCAUGCUCAGGUCUGUGAAACGCUCUAGCUUAUUCUUUUCAUAUUAAUUUAUUUAACUCUGAGGCGCCCCAUGUAAAGUAAUCGGGAAUCCAACAAUUUUUUCCUGUGGAUUUCGGAAUCCUGGGCUUAAGAAUCCGGAAUACAGCUCAGGGAAUCUGGAACCCACUAAUGAUUAGAAUCUUAGAUUCCCUUACAUUUAUAAUUGGACCAUCUGAGUAGUUUUAUAAUUUUGUUAUGUUUCCAUUAGAUAUUUUGAUCUACCUUAUCUUGUUUUCUAAUGCUUGUCACAUUUCUUACCAAGUGAUUAAGUUCUACCUAUUUCUCUUCAAGAAUUACAAUCCUGUUUUAUAAUGGAAGGGGUUCAUUGCUUUUUUUGGCUUUUUGUUCGUGUGUUUGUCUUUUCCUCAUUGUGUCUGAUGCAUAGUUGUAUUAGUAAAAUCCAACUAGUGGUCUAUUAUCAAUGCUGCGUUCUGAUUGGUUGAGCUACUACUAGGCUAUAUGUUAUAGCCCACUAGUAGCGAAAAGAGCUGGCUUUGAAAACCAAAGCAAUGGCGGCUGAAUCGCGUUUUGCUAGCUAAAGCGGUUUUGUCUCGCUAUUUUUGACCAACUAGUUGGAUUUUACUAAAACAAUUAUCCCUCUCGCCCUCAUGGCCUCCGGGUCAAUUGGGGCUCUAGGAAUAAUUGUUAAAUAGUUAUGCAACACCUUUUUGUUCACACAGUAAUUGCGGAAUUCCUGAUCCUUCUUGGGCGGAGAUUCGUCACUUUGUAAGCUUCCUGAACUCUCAGUUACGGGAUUGUGAACAGAGUUUCUUCUGCGAUAUGCAACUAAUGAGAAGCGUUCUGGCAGGGCCUAACGUGUUAAAUCUAGAGGGAUUUCGAUCAUUUGUGGUGCGCUUCAUGAUACAAAUGUCGCGGGUAAGAUAUUGCAACAAUUUGUUGCAUCACGGAUCGUUGUGACAGUUUGCAUGCUGAUAUCGUGUCAACUUUAACGUUCCCUUGCAACUGAUAUUAAAUGAGGAAAAGGUCGAAACACACGUGGUGCAAUCUCACGCUUUGCACUUCGUUUUUCUUUCUUUUCCUCUACUGUUGCGGAUGUUUUCAGGUUGUUUGAAUGUUUUUUAAUAGAGGAUAAUAAACGUGGUUGCCACAGGUCAGGAAAUGGUCAGGGGAAACAUUCUUCGAGGUCAGGGAAUUCCACUUUAAGUCAAGGAAAAUUUACUUCCUCAAGAAAAGUUAGGAAAAGUGAAAUUUUAGAGUACAAAAUAAUUAUUUUCUCUCUACUGUUGUACAUUUUACGGACACAAAUCAUGUCUUAUUGAUAGAAUAUUGCUCAUGAAAUUGAACGACAAACUAAUGUUGGGUUUUCAAGAAAUUUGAUCCUUUUACAUGUCACGUUAACGAACUAUCAUUUCAUGUACACUGCACGGGACUUGCUGAAAGCAUAAAUAAGUGGGUGGAGUGGAUGGCUGUGAGGGAAGGGUUGAGGCGAUCAUCAGGGCCAAUUUGUGAAACACGCCUUUUGCAUUAGUUGAUCAUUUGACCAACUCUCGGUAAACACGAAAACAGUUCGCUUUUGAAAAAUUUCGUUAGCACGAGCUGAAAGAGCAUAUUAAAAUUAGGUAACCUGUAAGUUUUCAUCGGUAUAUCUCAGAAGUGGCGAUUGUAACGGCCACCGAAAAUUAGAAGGAUUUGUACGAGAAAAACAACUCUUGCCACCCAGUCACGCUUAAGUGGUUUUCCAUACAACUCCUUGUAAAUUCUGAAAUGUUGAAACUGUCGUUAAAUCUUCCUCUUACGCAUUUAACGGCUUAAAGUACCUGUUAUGAAUUAUAAGGAGAUUUGAGUCCCGUAAUGCUUAAGGAAAUAUUUCACGACAGUCGAAAUUUACAAGGAUUUGUAUAGAAAAACAUUCGAGCGUGACUAGGUGGCAACAGUUGUUUUUCUCAACAUACAAAUCCUUCUAAUUUUCGGCGGCCGUUGCAAUCGCUACUUUUGAGACAUACGGCUGAAAAUUGACAUGUUACCUAAUUUUAAUAUGCUCUCUCAGCUCCUGCUAACAAAAUUUUACAAAAGCGAACUGUCUUCGUGUUUACCGAAAGUUGAUCACGUGAUCAACUAAUGCAAAAGGUCUAUUGUUAAUUCAGUUGGUCAGGUAUAUUUUACAUUUGUUAGGAAAGACUCUAAAAAGUCAGAGAAUUUAAGAAGCUUUUGCCUGUGGCAACCACGAUUCAUGGUCUCGUCUUUCGCAUUUAUAACCAAACAUAUGGGAUUUUACAAUGACUUGUCUCACAUUUCCUUCAAGGACUUUGCCACUCCUUCCCUGACGGACCAGAACACCGUAUUUUAUACAGAAGACAAUGCAGAACUUGAACGAAGGGAAAUCGAGCAAUUUCAACUUCGACGAAGCUGGGAGACUAGGUGAGCUAACUGAAGAUGCUUCUAGAAAAACAAGCACCCCUUGAACAUACUCUUCAGGUUUACGUCAAACGGCAGGAGCUAAAGGGCAUCAUGUGACCAAUUUACUGAAAUAAAAAGCUUCAUGCCAGUUUUAUCUACACGAAUAAUUUUGCGCGGUUGUUUCUACUUAUUUCUUAAUUAUGUUAAGGAAUAAAACGGGUCAGUGGGGCUUACCUAAACGAACCGAGAAGAAUGGUGGAUUUCGCAGUUGAUGAUCAUUGCGUUACAAAGUUUAUCAUGCCUAGUAAAUGUCGACUUGCCAUAGAUUGAUGAAUGAAAAGGCCUUUUUAUAAAUGUAAAUCAUUUUUCAGUUUCUACUUAUAUCUCGUCUUAUUCUUAUUUCUUUUUCACCGCAGCCCACAUCCUUAUUUGUUUUUCAAUGAAGAUCGUGUGACAAUGACCUUCCUUGGAUUUUCCAUAAACUCUGCUGGGGACCUCAUUGAUCCACAAACAAUGCGAACUUUAGAGAAGAGUUUGAUGUCUAAACAACUACGUCUUGGUCUGCAGGCUCAGCGGGUUGAUUUUACUGCAAACCCAGAGAACUGGAAAAAGUAAGCGGUAGUUUUUUUGGUAAGCGUAGCAUCAGUAAGAUUCAUCAUGGUCUUGAUCUUAGUUAACGAUCCGAUGUCGAUAAGACUGGGUGUCGUGGCCAUUUGUAAUUGUGUAGCUUCUUUGUCAAAUUUUCUGUUUGUUAAUACAUGCGAUUAGCUGGCGUGGUUAUCCAAAUAGACAUCUUCUAAUCAAAAUGUACAAGGAGAACGCUGAAUAGCAGAAACACAGUUUUGAUGUCUUCCAAAAAACCACUGAAGCAAAUAUUUCCCAACUUGCAGGAGACAGAAUGGUUAGCUAUAUGCAAGGGUAGCCGAGUAGUUAAACUCGGAGCUACCGAUAAAAUCAAAUCAAUUCGGCGUUCACGGCUGAACUGAACGUCCAGCGCCCAGGCCGCUUGUCCACGUGGCCUUACUCACCUUGUCUUCCUCUUCGUGUGCGUUUUCCUCUUCGUUGUGAUGUAAAGUGAACAUACCUUUCUUCUUUAGGGCGGAAAAGAUUAGUCAGCUGUGUUCAGUAAUGGGUGUAAAGUGGAAUCUUACCAAUCCUGACUAUGACCCAGACGGUGCCUAUGAACUGACUACAGACAAUGUUAAAAAGAUCUUAGCCAUUCACAUGAGAUUUAGGUAAGUCUUUCUUUCUAUUUUCAAUUUUUUCUGCUGUAAGGACCAUUGUGUUUUGUUGCCCUGUCUGAUUAACCGGAUUUAUACACUUAUUGUGUUUCCAAACAUAGAGUUCAACAUCUAAUGUAAUGGAUACAUAAAUCAACAGGUGUAACAUUCCCGUGCUCGUGAUGGGUGAGACAGGCUGUGGAAAAACCCGUCUUAUUCGGUAUAUGUGCGGUUUACAGGCGGGUCCCCAGAACAAAGAUCAACCAAGAACGCGAAAUAUGCUACUUGUUAAGGUAAGAUGGCUUCUGGCCAGUGGCUUAUUUGAGCUUUUUCCUUGUGCUUUGAAUAGGAUGGAAUCAGUACUGGAAAUUAUUAACCAUAAAUAUCAACGAAAGCAGCAAUUAGUUUCGGCGACCAUUAACCUUCCACCGUCAUUGCAUAAUUCUUUGCUCGAUUAGUUGUAACUAAUAGCUGUAAUUUAGUUUUCCUGCAAAGAGAAAAUACCAGAGGUUGAGACAGGUCGACCAUUUUGGAUAAUGAAAUACAUUUCCUUGUGGUAAACGGACUAUGACCAUGCAUUUCAGCUUCACUUUAUAUAAAUGUACAAGAAGAUCCGUUUUCUCCGAAUUGGGACUUUUUAUUGAGAAAAUCCUGAACGAUCCGGGAUUUUACUGUUGCUCGACAUUCCCAGAUUUUCCUGACGCGCAAAAACUCAAAAUCAUGCAAAUUCUAUUUCCUGCUUUCCCAACUUUCUUUGAUAGUCGGCGAUGAGAACUCGAUCUCAGGGAUUGAAGAGCAGUCAUUUUUGCUCGGACCCAAUUCUUUAACUGCUUUUAUUAGUUUUAGUCUGUCUUUUUUAUAUUGACCAAUAGUCGUUAACAAUUCUCUUCCAUUACAAGGUGCAUGGCGGCACCACAUACGAAGACAUUGAACAGAAAGUUCGGCAGGCGGAAGACAUGGCUCGUGAAAAUCAAAACAAGAACAUCGACACAGUUCUGUUCUUUGAUGAGGCCAACACUACUGAGGCACUGAGCAUGAUUAAGGAGGUGAUGGUAGACAGAAGGGUUCGUGGACAACCCAUUGGACGGGGUCUUGAGAGACUGCAGUUUAUUGCUGCAUGCAAUCCAUACAGAAGGUGAUACACAAAGAAUGUUAUUCCUAGCUAAGCAAAAUUCAUUGAAGGAUCUUUUUGUAACCAAGUUCCUUGACAAGUUAUUUGUCUGGAAAGAGCGUUCUACCGGUGUCCCAAACGUUUGUGCCUUUGAUUUAAUUCGGACGUGUACGAUGUAUACAAUGUUAUCGUCAAUGUUCAUCAGUCUGUCUGGUCUGGCCCAAUCGGCUCUAUGCCUAUUUAUAGGCAAAUAAAGUGUAUAAUUAAAGCUCGGCCUCAGUUGUCUCUGCUUACUUCCACAAACUAUAAAGAGAGACAUAGAUACGCUUAGGAUACGCUUUCUAGGAUACCAACUGUGUAGAGGGAUUAUUUUGUUGAUAUCUUGAUGCAUGACCUUCUUUACAGGCACACUGACGACAUGAUUCACAAGCUUGAGUCAGCAGGACUUGGCUACCACGUGAAAACGGAUGAGUCAGACGAUCGUCUCGGUAUGAAUUCAAGUUCUUCUCGGUUCGUUUCUGGCUUCGUUAGAUAAUUUAGUGAUCUGCUAUUCAGUUUGUGAAAACAUGAACGGUUGAUGGGUUCAUCUUUGACAAAAGUACAUCUACGAAAAACACGGACUAUACCAUUUCUUAAAUAUAUAAAAAAGCCAAAUUUAAUUUGAAAAUGCCUACACGGUGUCAGCUCUGCUUACCUACUAAACGUAAGGAGCUUUGUUUUUUUUCCCCAGGACAUAUUCCAUUACGUCAUCUGGUGUAUCGCGUGCAUGCCCUUCCAGGAAGUAUGCGCCCUCUGAUUUGGGAUUUCGGUCAGUUGAAUCACCAAGUAGAAAGCCUUUACACAAAUCAGAUUGUCAGUCGCUAUGUGAGUACUUGAAAGGUGUUGUUAUUACUCUGUCUAUGACGGGUUAACUAGAGUUUUGCGAAAAGCUUACCCAUUUAUAAAAUUGCUUUUACAAUACGGCAUGUAUCGCUCUAAUUUUGCUUUAGAAUUAAAGUUAAUAGUUGUCAUCUUAAACCGCGAAUUGCUAAUCGAAGCAGACAAAAUUAAAUGCUUCUCUUUAACUUAACCCAUCAAAGCCGUUAAGAAUAUGUAGAUCACACUUGGCGUUGGAUGGUCGAGAGUAUUUGUAAGUUGCUCAUCCUGAAAAAGAAGCCAGGUGAUACAGUAUUCAAAUGUGAAUUUCAGCUCAGUCCGUCCAUAUAUUUAGUAGAAAACUUGCUCAGACCAACUCAGACCACAGUUUACAACAAUCCGUUGAUGCCAAGUCUAAUCUGUGUCCACUCGCAAUUGUGAACAGCCUUUAUAAUCCGGGAUUGACCGAUAUGAAAAUGACCGGUAAUGUAGCAGCGUCUAAAGUUCGGUUAAAUAAGUGAUCCUUGCUGUUGUAGAUUUUACAAGAGCAUCAGUGGCCUGGUGAUUUAUCGACUGUCCAGGCAGUGGCGGCAGUGCUAGCGGCGUCGCAGAAGUACAUGAGAGACCAGUCGGUAAGUUGCAACAUUUUGUUUUCAAAAUCCUGUCUCUUAAGUUCUUGUUGUACGAAAUGGGGGCAAGCGCAGUUUUUUCAGUGAUAUCCAACAAACGGGGAAUGUUGGUUGACUUCUCGUGGUAACUGGAUAGCGCAUGAGACGUAUUUUCCAGUGCUACAUAAUCUAUAACCUGUAGUCUGGGCGCGUUGCGUGACGACACGACACGGCUGUGUUGCGAACUGAACAAUCAUUCAGGCGAAAAAACUCAAAGCAAGAGUUCGCAAAAAGGUUAUAGCAAUAUCCGAUUUCCAAACCUUCUUCAUGGUAGUUGUUGAUGCCUGAUUUUUUACCUACUUAAAUAUAGGAGUUUGAUAACCAUUUUUUCGUUUAGUCCUUGCAUAAUAUCGAUUACUAACACAUCUUUACUCACUUACUCGUCUUCCUUACCACUCAAUAACAUAUUAAUGAAUGUUUUUAUCCUUGAAAGGAUGAAUGCAGCUUUGUGAGUCUGCGUGACGUUGAGAGGGCCAUGCAGGUAAUGGUCUGGUUUUAUAAACACGCGGAUACUCUUGGAAGACUGAUGAAGAUAGUGAUAACUAAACAGCGAAGAGAAGAAGGCAAAGAAGUGGAUGACGACGAGGAAGACGUGGUAAUUUUGGUGUCUUGAUUUCAAAGCUUAACUCCUCAUUUGUUACAGAAACGCAAUGUAUUUGUGCUUCGUCUGUUAUAUUUUUCUUAUUUCUGUUGAAAAAGUUUUUAGCCCCAAGGUUCUUGAAAUCAUUUUGAAUGAACCUUACGCAGGAAGUGACAGAAGAUUUUUCGUGGAAAUGUUUGGUUAUGGUUAGCCAGUGUAUAACAAAACCACGUGCUAAGCCAUUUUUAGCUUGCCCAGCGCUUUUAUCUUAACACUAUUUAUCGUGGAAAGUUCUCUUGAAAGAAUAAGGCGUAGACUUGAAACGUACAACCCGCAAAGGAAAAAAACUGGAUGUCCAAAGAAUUGCUAAACCGCGGCCCAAGUUAGACUUCGUUUAAAUAACAGACCCUUUGCGUUUCUUCCUAGUAUAUUUGACUGAAUCGCGCAUAUUCUGAGGUGGCUUAAAAAAUCCUCUUCCCCUGCACAAAUUAGAUGUCAAAAUUGUCAGUGAUCAUUGAAAUUUGAUGAUGUCAGGUGUCAGACAUCAUACAAGAGAUUUGGUUUGGAGCGGUAGAGCUGUAAUACGUUAAGAAUGAUCGAUGCACUUAAUAGGCAUUUUAAGGUAAGGGUUGAAAAAAAUUUGAGUGCUUUUCUGCGGUUUUUGUAAAUUGCAUUUACUGAGGACAUCGGUCAGUACGUUAAUUGGAAAGCAUAAGAUACACUUGGAAGAGCACGGUGCAAUUAAGAAUAAGUUUCAGAUGGGUGAUAAGGUCUCUAAUCCUUGUGAUGGCAGUUAUAGAAAAGAAAAUUGAGUGUUGGUGGUUGUUUUCUUGCAGGAGCCUAUUGACCCAAUGACCCGGGCUCUGGUACUCGCCAUUGGCGUUUGUUAUCACGCCAAGCUCCAGGAGAAGCGUCAAGAUUACCGUGAAGUAGUGGCACAGAGCUUCAAAGCUCCAUGUGUACUUCCUGGUGGAGAGAAACAAAUUCUUCGCGAAAUAACAAGGUCUUUAUUUUCCUAAUCAAUACGAUCCUUAGGCCUUUGUCGAAUCGGUCAUUUGAAGUUCGAGAAACAAUUGCAAAGGAGUUCAUGAGUUAAGAAAAAAAGUUCGAAUCUCUCGCUUUUGUUGUUAGUAACUGCCUUGAUAAAUACAGGCGGUACUGAUAGUGACAAACCUAAACCUAAAUGAAUGCUACUGGCCAAACAGGGCGUGCGCGUUGAAACAUUGUGAUUCGCAUUAUCGCCGCACCCACUCAAAUGAUUGACGGAAGAGGAAACCCAAAAUCCCUUCGAAGUUUGCAAAACGCAAAACGUGAUAUAGUAGUAAAUAUAUGUAAUUGUCUUUUUAGCUGCCAGCGAGCUGUGCUUAACGAGUUGGAUCUCGGCCCUAACAUCGCACGAAACACUGCUCUAAGCGAGAAUGUGUUCAUGAUGGUAGUGUGCAUUGAGCUCAGGAUUCCGCUGUUUGUAGUUGGCAAACCAGGCAGCUCCAAAUCUUUAGCCAAGACGGUUGUGGCUGAUAACAUGCAAGGCGAUGCCGCCAAAUCGAAGCUGUUCAGGAAUUUUAAGCAGGUGAAAACACAAGCACAUUUUGACAUUCGCAAUGAAGCCAUAACUAAUAUUCGCACGUCUAUUAGGUUUUGUCUUCCCCGAAGAACUGAUGGAAGCAUAUACUACACUAUAAUCGUUGUGCAGAAACAAAAAUUGCCGCCAAAUAGUCUUAAUGCUCAAAAGAAAUGCAAAUCCAAGCCUGAAGGCAGUGAUUUUUGCCCCAUGCUGUGUACUCUGUGUUAACUCAUGGUAGAUGGUAUUCGAUGCUCCUCCUGACAGCAGGUUUGUUUCGUGGUGUAGUUGGCAAAUUUACAAAAGCAAUUGCUUUUAUUUGCAGGUCCACAUGGCCUCCUUUCAAUGCAGUCCUCUUUCAACUCCUGAGGGAAUCGUGGCGACCUUCCGCCAAUGUAGCAAGUUACAGGAAGGCAAAAACCUAGAGAGUUUCGUCUCAGUCGUUGUCCUUGAUGAAGUUGGUUUGGCAGAAGACUCUCCUCUAAUGCCUUUGAAGACAUUGCAUCCACUGCUGGAGGAUGGCGUAACCUCUUCUGAUGACGUCAUCGAGACAGAUGAAAAACCACAGCGUGUGGCGUUUAUUGGGAUCUCGAACUGGGCCCUGGACCCCGCCAAGAUGAACCGCGGUAUUAUGUUGUCGCGUGGAGUGCCAGACGUUAAAGAGCUGGUAGACAGUGCCUUGUAAGUCUUUUUUUAGAUUUUUUUUACCCCAAAACUCUAUUACAUGAUCGCACCUGCCUGUACCCCUCUCGAGAAGUGCCAGUAUUAUCAUGAAAAUAGUUAAAGAGGCGGAUGAGGAAGUUUUCUUCUUUGUUCCUUCUUGAACGCCAAGUCCUUCUGCCCCACUGUUAGUGUUUUACGCUCAAACCUAUUGUUUGAUAUUUGCAGGGGAAUUUGUUCCACAGAUCCACAGGUUAAACUUGUUAUUCAAACCCUGAUAUCUCCUCUGGCAGAAGGAUAUGCAGAACUUUACAGAGAACAGAAAAAUUUUCCAACGCUAGAAGAAUGUGACAAAGAAGAGUUUUUUGGACUUCGUGACUUUUACAGGUAUGCAAUCCGUGUCAGGCACUAGCUUUUAUAAAUCUCCCUACUGUUGCUUGUUUUCGGUUUAGUACUUAUGACUUUUUUUGUUAUAUUUGUAUUAUGUUGUAGUCUUAUCAAAAUGGUGUAUGCAGUUGCUGCCAAAUCCGGGCAACGGCCAAUGUGGAAUCAAGUUGAACACGCUGUUAGGAGGAACUUCGGCGGGCUGGUUGAAGGCGAGCCGGUGGAAAUAUUCAAACGACACUUUCAGAUCACGGAUGUAAGUAUAAAAAAAAAAAAAAUCCCGACCAGAGGAAAGUGCUUUUGUGAAAGAUACUUAGUCCUGGGAUCAAACUGAGCUGAAACUGUAGGUGUUGACCAUGAGAUGCAUCUGUAACAUCACAAGAAAAAAAUCUUAGCAUCGAGAAAGAAAUCUACAUCCAUUCUGUCACUCUAGCACAUGUUUAACGUACUGGUAUUGGUAUUUGACGUGUUCUGUGGUUUUAAAAUUUUUUUGUUUUGGCUAUGACUCGUUAUUUGGGUUUCAAUUGAUGUUUGUUUUAACAACCUUAUUGGUCUAAAUAUCUCUAAAAAAAGUUCUAAAGAUCAAAAGGUAAGGUGCAAACGAGACCUUAAAUCCCAUACAGGGCAUCUUCCGACCUAAAUCACCCUUAAAAAUCGUAAGUAAUGCUUAAUGAACUAUUUUUGUCAACCACAAUUACCUGAACAAACAAAUGCCUUCUCACGUCGGUGACUGGUCGCCUAGACCUGGCUUUCUUAGUAUGCUACUCUGGUUAUUUCCCUUCUUUGCUUGCGUAGCAGGAAGAUGAAAACAAAGAGGCACCUACAGCUUUGCUUGUUUCGCAGGAAGAUGAAAACAAAUUUCAGGCACCUUUCAGCGCCCUCUGCUUUAGGACCAUGGUCUAAUCGAGGUUCUUUAAAAAACCUUCGUAGAGAGAGGACUAAGUUGUUUCCGAUACAUCAAAACGCGUUACUUUUUACAGACCAGACAAAUUUCAGGUCUAACAAUUUACAUGUCUCCUCUGCUUUAGGACCAUGGUCGAGUUCCUUGUUCUUUAUAAAAACCUUUCUAAACUUAUAAGUUAGAGCACCAAGCUGUUUCCGAUACAUCAAAACGCGUUACUUUUUACAGACUGUUGGGUACGAAGACCAGUAUCACUCGCCGUAAUUCUAGGGAGAGAAACCAUGUUUUAAGCGAAACAUACCAACCUCCAAACGUCUGUGGCUUCAUAGCUCAGUUGUAUAAACCCCGUUGAAUUUUUUUUUUUUCAGGUUUCUUUACGCAAUUGCAUAAAUUGCGUUCAUUGCGACGAUCAUUUCUUCAUUUUCAAUUUACAAUGUAUUGUACUUUUAUCGUUGUUAUUAGCGAGAACCGUUACCUGUUGAUCCUGACUGAAAAUUAUGCCGCAUUAAGAAUCAUCCAGCAGCAUCUAUUGAAGACUUCAGAGGACGCAGUGGUGAUCUUUGGGAGUAGCUUUCCAAACGACCAGGAGUAUACUCAGGUAAAAUGGACAACUGGAAUAUAGUUCCAUGAAGCUAUACCCCGGCCCUUUGUUACGUUGCGUUGUGUUAUACGAUCAUGAGUUCAUCAGUUUGUGUUGUGUUAUUUUCACGAUCAUUAAUUUGGUUCAGACGACUAACGCCGGGCACAACAAAAUUGAUAAAGAUAUUUUUGUUGGCACGUCAGUACUUUCACAAAAUAAUCUUAUGGGAUAUUUUGGCCCCCAAAACCAGAUACACAAGUGAUUUGGUCGUUCGAGCAAGGGUAAAAUAACGCCUGGAGGCACAACCGCCUAUAUAUAUUUUUGGAUGUUGGUUUAUUUCUUUCAGUAUCGGUCGAUAUAUCGAGUCCACUGUACCAAAAAUUUGUUUUGGCUUCAUUAUUCGUUCGACCAAUUCACCGGAGAUACUCGACAGUUAGGGAGAAUUGCUUGCAGAAACGUUUCCAAAUGCACGAGCAGUUUGUCCACUUAUAGAAUGUAUUAACUUCUUAACGGAAUUUCCAUUACAUUCUUUGUUCAGAUUUGUCGCAACAUCAACCGAAUCAAAGUUUGCAUGGAGACUGGCCGUACCGUGAUUUUGUUGAAUUUGGAAAGUCUCUAUGAAAGUUUGUAUGAUGCUCUGAAUCAGGUGAAGAUUUUAAUUUCAUUCAGGUUGUUUUUCCCUUGCUCUAGCUACGAAUGUUUUGAACUCUUCUUGAGGUCAGCUAUAAAUACAGUCACGUUCUUGGUAUACACUGGUAAUUUGUUAGCUCAUACAACUUGCAGAUUUAGUUUCGUUUAUAAGGGAGGGAGACAGUUAAAGCUCUACUGACACACCUAUUUGUGUAUUUAUGUAUUUAUUUAUAUUUUUCCUUAUUUCUUUUUAUUUUAUUUUGCUGUACAGUAUUAUGUGUACUUUGGAGGACAGAAGUAUGUUGAUCUUGGGCUUGGUACUCACCGUGUCAAAUGCCGUGUUCAUGAUGAUUUUAGGUAAGAUACUAUAAGUACGUUGUCGCAAAAUCCUCGCGAAGCUUCAAAGGAGCAGCAGUGCGAAAAAAGGAAAACAAGCCAAAGGGGAAAAAAUGAUUACAAAACUAAAUAGAAAGAAGUGUAAUGACUUUAAAACUAUGGCUUCGACGGAAUUCGAACCCUAUCUCUCCGUAUCUCCUAUAUGUGAAAUUGGAUCCUUGACCACUGCACCUUGCAGCCGCUGAAUAAUUGUUUCGCUAAAAUUGUUAUGCUGAAAGCAUUGUUCUCUAUCCUUGGUGGAGCAGUAUUUAUCAUGAAUUCAAAGAUACAUUUGAGGAAAAGUUACUUAAAGGCUCAUUUAAAAGCCACUUUGCAUCAUUUCGGUCUUAAUUCACUUUUGGGUUCAACGGCGGAUGGAUGUGCGAUGCUGAAACCAGUCUUUGAUUUGAUCAAUCGGUCACAUCGAUCGGCGGGGAAAGAACCAAUUCAUAAAUGGUAUGCCUCGGUGUAACAUAAAUUCAAAGGUACAGAUUUUAGAGAAAAGCAAGGUUUUGACGGUAAAAAGCCGAAGUGAAACGCACUUUGAAUAAAACAUGGCAGUGCACAGCAUUUACAUUGCACUUGAAGUAGCGUUGCCUGGCAACCCUAAAAUGCACCCUGACGUCGAAACUGGAUGACAUCAACUGCGGACACCCAAGAGAUCUGUAGAGAUAUUCGCAACUCUAGUUUUUGCCUCGCUGUGCAAUCAACGCGCGCGGCAAAUUUAUAAACUUCUCCUCGCUGGGAGCACUAAAUGUAUUCAAAUUUGUUUCGGUUAUUCUUGUUAGGAAUUGUGUCAUCGGUUUUCGUUAUCAACAAGGUGACGGUUGUGAACGAAGCAAGUAUUUUAGGAGGGAAACUUGCUGUUUUGCAAGGGAAGGGGAGCUUUCAUUUUGCAGUUAACUUAAUGGCCUUGGGAUACGCUCUAUAACUUCAACUUAUUGUGUAGCUGACUUUUCCUUUGUUAGUAACAUCACCCAGGGAGGUUUGUAUGCACCUGUUUUCUGUCUUUGUUUUAGUCAAUACCCGGUCUGUACGACAAAGCAUAAGAUGAAGGAAUUAAAGUCGCGGGUCUUUUUCCAGUGCAAUUUUUUUAAAUCUUGGUUAAACAUAGCUAUUGCUUAGCUGCUCUUAGAAGUUGAUGGAUGCGGGCGUAAGGUUCGUUUUCGACCUUCAGGUACUCUUCUAAUACACUUUUUCGCUGCUUCUAUUUUUUUAUUAAUUCAAUUAUCAAGUCGUCCUCUUUCUUUUAAAGGCUGAUUGUUAUUGCUGAAAAAGACGUCGUUUACAACAAUUUUCCCAUUCCGCUGAUAAACCGUCUUGAGAAACACUUUCUUGUUACGUCAACCAGUCUAACGCCAGACCAGAUGGAGUUGGUGGGGAAACUGCGCAUCUGGGCCAAUGACUUUGCUGAAGUUUCGACUAAGCGUAGUAGGUGAGAAGUCGUGUACCUUAGUACACCCACAUUUGUAAUUCUAUGGCGCACAACCCAUUUUCUUGCAGCAACAUUGCCACAAAUUGACAGUAUAAUGUUAGACGUCAUUUUGAAGUAGCUUGCUAUCCAUUUUGAUCCAUUUUCAGAAUUAAAUUCCACCCAACAUUUCAAAAGUAAUUGCAAUACUAUUUUCCUUACAAAAAUUGGAAGGAUCCUAAAUUUCACUAUGAUAAAACCAUGUCAAGACUGAUUCUUCCUCACUUUCAGGCGUUCAUCAUUUAAGCGAUAUUAUGUUUCGACUAGUAUGAUUGCCCUGCUAAAAAGCAAUCCAGGGGGUCGUCAGGUGUUAAGAUGACGUCAAUAGCUAGGACGUACUCUGCAAGAUUAAGCAUUGACUCUCUUUCAUCCUGCAAUGUAGGGAUUUCACUAUUGGAGAUGCUUUUGUUGGGUAUCACGAGGACACCAUUCCUACCAUAGUCAUGCAAGUUUGUAAUGACCUUGCCGACGAGGACAGCCCUUCACAAGACGAAGCCGAGGAUCCAUGGGAAGUCACGGUUAGAUUGCACACUGUGUUCGGGAGCUUUUAUGGCAAAUCGGAUAGCUCUGUUGUUUCACGUUUAUCGCAAGUUUUCGACAGUCGAGGGUAGCGCGACGCGUCUAAGUGUCAACUGUAUUCUUAUAUUUUCACUCGUAUUGCUGGGCUCCCACUGCUUUUGUAAACCUCAAGGGUAAAUGUAGAACACUUACUUGUGUCACGGUGACUUGUUGCGUGAUUUAAUACAGGACGCUCCAGAUAAUUAAGGUGCCUGAAAGAAUUUGUUUGGGAACGCAAAAUCGUUUAGGGUCGAGCCUGAAUUCAUUGAAGCGCAGGCUGUUGAGUGAAAUGGUCGGUUCAGUUGAUUUUGGUUAUUAUUUUUUAAAGGUGGCAAGAAGAUGUAAGAAUAUGCUUCUUCAGAUGGCUACACCUGAUGCAAUUGCGCGUCUCCCAGCAUCUGGCUUGAAAGGAGAAGCUCGUGAAAUGUGGCAAACGUAUUUUCGCGAGCAGCAGCAUUCGAGUCUAGCGGCCUUCAUGCGUCAUGUUCUUACUCUCGAGGAAAAGCGAGAAAAAGGACUCUUUAUUCAAGUAAGGAUCAUGCAAUAAGUCCUAGUAGAUUUACAGAUGCUGUUUGGACUCGUAUUAAUUUUGUAUUGUCCUGCUUUGGCUUAGGUUACUACUCAUUCGCGACUUCUGUCAAACCAUGACCUGGAUGAUUUAUGUAGCACAACGGAUCUUCGCCGUUCAACUGUGGAUGUCAUGACGCUCCAGCAAUUUCAGACUGAACAACAGUUCCGAUCUUUAGUUAGGUAAGACUCCCGCCUAUUUCCAGCGUUCCAGUGUUUUUGCUGCAUUUGAAUGACAAAAACGUUUUGUUUUAACAGUGUUUGCCUUGCUACUUUACAGAACAUUUUUUGAACACCUUGGAGGAGAUUGCUCAGGUAUUCUGGUAGUGCAGUGUGAUUCAGGAGAUGACAAUUUUAAUCUGAUAGCGGGUGCACGGCAUAUUCUAAUGGAAGAAAGCAAGAACGCACCCGAGCUACUUAACCUGUCCGCUAUCGCAGCAGUUCAUAUUGUCUUGGUGAUUCAACUGCCCAGAAUUGCCGGUGGAUGCCGCAAUUUUGUCGGUUUCCAAGGUGGAAACUGGAUAUCUACACAUAUUGAUGAGCUUCGUCCACCCGAAAGGUACACUCCAUCAAUCGAGGAUCUCAUCGACAGACCAAUCAGCAAAUUGUUUGGAAGUGAAAAUGCAGGACAGCAAAACCAAAAUGAUGAUACUCGACUGUUAGCUGUGAAGUUCUUGCGAAACUGCGUCCAAGCAGCAGCUUGUAGGAUCGACGACGAGGGCGAAUCGACUGUCCGAUCAACUGAAAGGAUCGAGUUGCUUUUACAUUUGCUUCCUGAGGACUUUGACGGUCGCGAAGGUCAGUUAAACAAUUAAAGGGACAGAUCUGUUUGGUGGUGCAGAUUUUGUGAUUUCCCUUGGUCCAAACGUAUUUUACUUGGAAAAAACUUGAUCUCGGGAUCAGUUGUUAUUUUUUAAUUUGUAGCCAGGUUCCCCACCAUAUGUGACAUUAUACCAUAAACCGGGAAUCUCUGGUUAACCUUUCGUUUGUCAAUAUUAGUACCAUUUGCCUAAAUUAUAAGUUAAGCGGGAUACUUUUUUGCCACAUUAGGGCAGUGGCUAAGUUGACCUUAAAGACUUUCCUAAAAGAGUGUGGCUGACGCAAGAAAUUGUUGCCCUUUUUCGUGCCUUACGUAAGCCAGUGGUAAUGAAAAACGUAGAAUUAUUAAAACGAUAAACCAAAGUAAUUCGAGUGUUUUUAAAAGAAUGAGGAAAAAAAAAUCAUAGUUUCAUUUACGAAUACUUAUUAAUAUGACCAAUAUAUUUUGGACGCACGAGUGCUGAGUAUGUCAUAAGAUCGCUUUUUAUAUGUGUCGCCAUUAUUUACCUUUUUACAGAAAAGUGUACAUUUGCCAGCGUCCUCACGCAAAGAACGUUCUAUCUUCUUGAGGAAACAGAAAGUACUGCCUACAAUGCUCACGGGUGGCUUCACUCCGAAGCCCUGUCAGGAACCGGUGUACAAGAGUGGGGUACCUUCAGAAAGGCUCUUUGGAAAAGAAUUUACUCGGCAGUUGUUCCCAUCCUUGCUGAGAUCAUUGCAUUUGCAGACAGAGACAGAAAUUUGGAUUUAAUGAAGGACGGCAAUGUUUGGGUUUCUACACUGUGGCUGAAGAUCAUGGUAGACCCCAACAUUUCCGAGCUUAGCUAUAGCACGAUGAUCUCGCCUGUUACAAAUUCAGUUCGAGAACGUGUGCCAGUCAUCGGAUCUGGUGCCGGAGGCCACAGUUUUCAGUGCCUAUUUCCUUUUUCAUUUAUUGUGAGGCAGCGCGUCGACAAAAUGUUAAAGGACGCUUUUAGCGUUACAGGUAAUUCCCAACUUUGCACUCUACGAGCGACAAAGAAAUUAUUCAAGUGUCCCUCUGAUAGCUUUUCCUCGGUUACAAAAAUUGCUUAAUUACAGUUAAUUGUCUUUAAAAUUGUCUUUCUUAUUUAUAGCACUGCAAUGACAGGUAGUUGUUUCUCACUUCCAGGAUUUACGUUAUCACUAUACUCGGGAGCUUCUGGAAUUGAACCUUACUAUUGAUUUCACUAACAAAUAUACUCUCAGCCCAAGAUUUUUGUAGGUUUUUUCUCCUAGCAUAAGCGCGAUUUCACUCUCGUGUUUCAGCCCAGUCUAGUGCUACUUUGGUGGAAGCUUUACGAGUUCUGAUCAAUGACUCAGAAUUGGGACCUCUUCUCCGUGAACUACCCCGUGAAGACUUCCCAGCAUUGCGAUACCUGAGAGAUUUUGUCCACAUGGUAUACAAGUCCUCAAGCGAAAGUGAACACCAGGUUUCUUCCUUUUUAUAUCUGUUGUUAAAAGUGUGAUUACUUUCGGAAACAUUCCCCAGCGCGGAAUGCAUGAAAAAUAGCAGGUGUUCAUGAAGAAUCGAAGCUGACUACACUUUGUUGGGUUGUUUAUGUUUGGUAGUUAUGAAUCCAUAUAGCAUUUACCAACUCUGGUAAUCAACCGACUUGUCUCCAGAAAGUCUUUAAUCUGUUUUUUUAUUUUUAUUUUUAAAGGUAUCUGCUCGGAACGAGGUCUUAGUAGGUACGUUUAAUACAGAGCCAUGGUCAUUGAUACCGGUUCUUUAUUAUUUCAGCUUGUCUGUGAAGCUAUUCUCUCUUCGGCAAGAGAACUUGGUUUCGAGGAAGAUGAAAUGAUUGACAUAGCACUUGUUCAUGUGGCUCAUAGCAGAAUCCAGUCAAGACUGAGAUGCUUUUCAAAGCUUGUUCAAGCCAAACCCGAGGUUAUCGAAAAGCUUAAAGAAGUGCCGGUAUUCCGGGAGAAACAAGCUGAACUUGUAAGUUGAUUAGUUCGACUUUCUACAAGACCUUCGCUUUCUGUUGCCGAGUUGGGUGACGACGACGUUAAAAACAACUGAUUGUGUAAGCAAAACAACAGCUCUGAACGUGCAUCACGGUUUUGAUUUGUUCCUUUGACUUCCGAGGCACGACUACGAUGUGAAACGUCCUAAUGGAACGUCGUAUAAGAUCAGCAGGGACACUGGAAUUCCUUAGUGUAGCUAUGAUAGAUCACGAUUUUUGGAAUGACAUGUUCUAAAGUCACCUCGGACGCCGCCGAAGGAGAUAAUAAAGAGGUUAAGCAUCACGUUUACGUCAAACGGCAAACGCAAAUUUGUACCACGUGACCAAGCUUCCCCUUUACCAUUUUUCCCCAUUUCUACCCAUAAGUCAGUGGUUUCAAGGCAUUCUUUUUUAUCCAUAAGAAUCGUUUUGAGCUGUUUUUAUCCGCUGAUUUUCUCUUUGAGAAAUUCUCAACUUGAACUUCUGACGUUUGCCGUUUGCCGUAUACGUGAAGAGACCUACAGCAUCAGGUUUUUCAUGACCACGGUCUUGCGGUCGCGUUUGCAGUUCACGUUUGAACGGUAGGAAGGGCGUCCAGCGGUGAGUGACUUACGGCAAGGACACUAAAAAUUGUACAGCGUCACGUUUAAAGGCAGAAGUAGCUUUCUUUAUCCGUCUGCGAUGUGCUUGUUGGAUUUUGAACUCGAAUAAAUGAAUUUUCCCUGUUUUUUGGGUGAUAAAAGUGAGCACUUUGACUCGACGAAAAACAACAUGGCGGCACUAAACAAUGAACGUCUUACAAAAAUUUGAAAUCCCGGCAACGUGAAACUGCAAACGCGUAACUGCAAACUGCAGUCUGCGGUUUGCGGAUUCCCAUGAAAAACCAAAUGCUAAAGGUCUCUAAACUCUCUAAUGAUGGGAAGUUACUAUGAAAGGAACGGGAAACGGGGAACGAGCACGGGGAAUGGGAAAACAAAACAAAACAAAACAAAACUAAAAAGAAAAAAAAAAAGACGGAAAAAAGCCUAACCUAACACUAAUCCUAUCAGCUACUUCAUUGCCAAAUGUUUUGUUCCUUUUGUUGAUUUUCCCUUCCCCGUUCUACGUUUUAGUAACAUCCCGUCUAGGUGCCUUUUGAACUUCUGACGAAUUCCACCCCAGGAGAAUCCGCUUACAUUUGACAAACUCAUCGAGCAUUAGAGGUUGAAAAAACGCAAAUUCUCUUGUCGCUACUGUCAUCGUCUCGGUUGCAACAGCUCCGGGAUGUUAGGGAACUGAUCCUAAUCGAGCACCCCUCAAGCGAGUUUUUCCAAUUUACAACUGUACUAUCGAGAAAAGUACGCGCCAGUUAAACGCUAAAUCAAGGGUUUUGAUAGUUAUUGUUUAUUCAGUAAAAAAAAGUUGGAUAAGGUCCGCAAAACAUUUAACUGAAACGCCUUAGACUUAUUAGCUUGCAACACUGCGUUUUUUGUAUUAGCUGCUCGACGUCGUCACCUUGCAAGUUUGCCUGGAGGAACUGACCUCAUCCGAGGACGUGCUUUUGGGCCAGGAAUCUCGAGGUAACUGGUGUGACAGAGUGCUGUCAAUCAGACAAGCAGUUGACGACAUGAUGAGAAGAGACAAAUUUGGAGCCUCUACAGAAGAAUAUUCUAGCUACGGAAAGAGAGCCAGUGUGUUACUUAAUCUCUGCAGGUAAACUGGCUGUGUAUGUCUUAAUAUUCAUUAAACAAAAAUGAAAAGAAGGGGGAAGAAGAGAAAACCCGUUGUUAGGUUGUCAGACUCGUCUAGUAGAUGUCGCAGAUGUUGUAGUUAAAAGUGAAAUUUACGUUAAAAAUUUUUCCACCUAGCUUGAUUCUCCAUUUCUUUUUUGUCUCCUAAACCUAACCACAGGUCAGAAAGAAAAAAAGAAAUGCUAACCCUGAUCCUCACCUACGCAAAAUGGCCACUAUUCUUUUUCUGACUUGUGAUUAGAGUUAGGAGACAAAUGUAAGUUAAAAUCAAACAAGAACGCUUUAAAAGCGGCAAGUCUCACUUGCUUGGAGAUAGGUAAGAAGUGAGGAGGCGAUUUAUUCUACACGAAACAGGAUUUCCUUGCCAAAAGUUUUUCACUUCCUUGAAGAUGACUGAGUCGUGUAUAAAUGAACGAAAAUCGAGAGAAAUUGCAUCAUUGCAAGAGAGAAAAAAUAGUCCUUUGGGAGGAAAUGAGCCUACUGGCAAUGAAUAGUCUGUACGAGGGAAAGGGCAAUGACAGGUACCUAUGGUGCGAAGCAUAAACGUUUAACGUCUUGUGCUACCACAGGCGGCUCAGACGCAGUGUGUGUCAAUAUAUUAAUAUUCACAUGGACAAAUUAAUGCGAUGAGUCGUCGAAACUCCCAUGAACUAAAAUAGUCCAAAAGUCAAACUAUAACAAAAUAAAACUGAGAUACCUUUAACUGAACGUAUCCUUGUUUUUCCUGGCCGGUUAAAGUGGCAUUUUGUUAUGUUUCGUAAUUGCCUUAUAUGUUGAUUGAGUUCUACUAGUAAUGAAUAUUUUUUAAUCGUUUGUAGUAUUAAGCGUUGAAAGUCUCAAUGUGGGAAAACGCAAACACGAAUCUGUUGUUUUUACUAUGUAAACAUUCAAUUAAAAUGUCCCAAAUUCGUAUAAAUUCAAAACAUUUCAUCUUUAUCAUGGUAAUAUGGUAAUUUCGCUACGACAAUUGCUUGCUUAAUCUUGGACAGAAAUUACGAUAGUCCCAGAACCGGCCAAACCUCACUAACGCAAACUAAAAGAACGAAUCAUAUUAAAAUAUCCCUAAGAAAGAUCAGUAUCAAAUUCCUCCUUGUCAUAACAACGCUUUCGGAAACAAAGAAUGGGAGAUAGCAGGUAUUGAACACAGCCCCGUCGGCUCCGAAGGUUAAUCGUUACCGCACGUACGGGAACAAUCAUCGCCGAAAAUUUACCUCAUGCUCAUCAUGCAGUGAAAGUCGUGACGAUUCUUAUACCCAGUUUCCGCCGUCUCCGCUAGGAAGGCUUGGGACCACAACCACCUUUCUGUGUACUAAAUACGAAUAAAAGAAAACGGCUUGUAGAUUAUGAGUCUUGCUGCUUACGCAAGCAAGACCAAUUAGGACGAAUUCGUUAUAACGUGGACGUUAUUUCAAACCUUACACAGACAUACAUACAGUCUUAAGUUCCGUGCAUCUUGUCUCGAUACACCUCCUUAAUUAGGUAGUAAUGUCAACCAAAAUAGUAGCAAGAGAGUGAUAACGCAACCUUCAAGAGUAGAAAAUAACAAACAAAAAGGAAAUGUUGUUAAGAAAAGGCGAUGGAAGACUCUUUGAAGGUAAUUGCGCUAAGUACCCUCUGUGGGGAAGCAAACCGCAUAAAACGUUUGUAAUUUGCCACGACAUAUCUGUAAGUUAUGGCGUAAUUGAUACUCUUUUUAUCAGUAUUAUUAUACGCUUUUUUGCAUGAUCUUAUUAGAUCCAUGUGGCAGAGAGCAGGAGCUGUAAGGCUGUUUGUGGAGCACGUCACUCUAUUAAACGAAUCUGACGACGAUGAAGUUAAUUCUGAGAGUGUGGUUACCCUGUGGAAGGUAAUUGCAAAUGCAAGUAGAGAGUUAUAAAUAAAAAUAAAAGAAAAUUGAAACAACCAGUAUUUAUAUCUCGAAACCUCGUCUUACUAGCAACUAAAACACAAUUGCACCCAAACCGAACUUAAACUGUACUCUUUGAAUCCAUGCACGUUAGGUCAGUAUAUACAGAGGAAAACACAAUGAGACAAAAAUGUUUGGUUUUCAAAGUUUCUUUUGAUUGUCGUUUCUUUGACUGACCCUGGGAAGGAAGGAUACUUAUUAGUAAUUAUCUGUUUUCUUUGAAGGCGCUGGGAGAGGAGGCAAACUUUUCUUCACUGAGGUCUCUACAGACUAUAGAGAAGUUCCUGAUAAACUGCACGGAAGAUACUAGGAACAGGUAACACAGCUCAAGUACAGUGUAUUUUUAUAUUUUUUUUCAAAAGAGAGACCUACCACGUUGUGUAAGCACUGUUCAGUAAAUAUGUACGCUGACGACACAGUUUAUAUCUCGGUCUUUAAUCUGUACCCACUUCGAUUUUACAUUAUUUAAGAUCUUCAGUGCUUUUUUGAAUGGUUAGAGGGUAAAAGUCUUGUUCUAAAUGUUUUCAAAACUAAGAGGUCCCAAUUUUCUCCGAUUAGUAGUGAUGGUGGUGUUGGAAAUCGAGAGAAAAUUAGUGGUGGUGAUGGUGUUGGAGGGAAAAAAUACAGAUGUAGUGGUCGUGGUGGUUGUUGUGGACGGAAACAAUAAAUUUGUUGCGCUAGUGGCAAUGGUGGUAGGGGAAAUCAAUAGAAAUGUAGUGGUGGUGGUGGUGGUGGUGGUGGUGGUGGAGGACGGAAACAAAAGAAAUAUGGUAGCUUUGGCGGUGGCGGUGGUGGUGGAGGAGGGAAGCAAUAGAAAUGUGUUGAUAGCUGUGGUGGAAGAAACCAUAGACGUUCAUUUUAUGGUGGUGGUGGUCGUGGGAACGAUGAUGUGGUGAUAGUACUGGAGGGAAACAAUCGGAGGGAGAUGUGGUGGCGUUGUUGGUGGAGGAGGGAAACGACAGAAAUGUGAUGGGGGUGGUGACGGUGGUGUGGUAGUUUAGGGUUGACAAUGGAAGUCGAAGACGAGGGAAAUAGUUGACUUGUCAAGGACUAGGAAGUGAAUAGGGGUAAGUAAAAACAAAGUACAAAAACUAAGCUGUCCAUCGUCCUUAAUAAUUACCCAAAUUGUGAGUCCAAAAUCUGUGAAACGGAACAGGGAACAACUUUGGUAGGAAUUAAAUACGUUACUUGUCAGUGACAUUAGGCGACAUUUCAUUUGACGCUUAUUUCUUCGUUAAAAUGAAUAAACCAUUGAACGCUUAUCUAAAGUUUUAGUCAGCCAAUCUUAAAUCAAUGACAUCAUCCUUAAGAAUAACUCAAAAUCGGCCCAAGCGCCUAAACGACCUAAAAUAGUACUUGACUUUACCGUAAUGAGAUUCCACCCAGAACAGUAGCCUAUUCCUUGCGCCCUAUAUUACUUUCAAAUUUGAAAUCUUUAAUUUAAAGUAUAAUUUCAAGACGAAAGGCUCCUAUGAAUACCAGCCUUUGAGCUGAAUGGGCCACCUUCUUUCUAUAAAGUCUUAUUUUACUGUGUGUUGGCUUAGCUCUCCACAUUAAAAUCCUGAAAUGGACGUCAAAUACCUGUACCAAAAUUUAAAACCAAUAAACAGCGCCAUAUUUCAAAAUCUUCUUUUUGUGGCGUUCUGGCUUUGACGUGGUGGAAGUGCCACACGGUCCACAUUUUUAUCUUUUAGUUGCUGAAAAGGAAUGCUUUCCCCACUUAUUUUUUCUGCUACUUUUUUUAAGAGGCAACAAUAGCAGUGAUUCUGAGUUACGUCGUCGUUGCAACGCCUUUUUCAUGGAGCUGGUCUCGUUGUUUUGCUUUGGCGAAUCAUGUGACAGUUUGGAAGCUGAGGCUUUGUCCCUCCUUAUGCGUUACGUUACUGGUCAGCAUUCCGCUCAGACGAAGGACUUCUCACCGUUUCCAGACUACGGUAUCGAUACGACACCUGUCGUGCGUUCCUUUCUUCUCCAGCAGCUCUUACGAUCAAGGUGAUUGACGAACCUAUUGUUAUUGUAAAUGCUUUGAUUUUCGUCACAUAAUGUCCGGCUUUUGAAGGGGGUUAAUUUAUGAGAAAGUGUGAAACUUGCUUGGGCUUACCGCGCAUGGAAGUUGUUCCUUUGAGUCAUAAUGUCUAUUGUGGUCAAGCCUACUGAAACGUUCCUGUAAGCGUCCAAAUUAGAGACGAUUUUAAGGGUCAUGGUGUUACACUAAGUUGUUAAUUUCGAAAUAACUUUGUGGGGGGUAACUGUCAGUACGAAUGAGAAAGAAGCCAUUCCACAAGCUGCCAGCACAUAAGCAUAAUUUUGAUUAGUUAUUACAAUAACUUUUUCUUCUUUCGAUUUCAAUAAAAUGAUUAGAUCUCGUGCAUUUUUGUGUUCUCGUUGAAUAAUCAGUAAGGCUUAAUGAGUAGGUGGAAUAUGUUGUUGACAAUACCUGUCGUUUCGACAAUCUGUGUGGUAGUCACCUGCAGAGUCAAAAACACCCAAAAAGACGAAUAGAACAAGACACUUGAGAUAUCCACUAUGAAAUGGAGGAAUUCCAAUUUUUAAAUGAGGGAAUCCGUGGGAAUCUUAGGGGGUUCUCAAAAUAAGGCCUUGAUACAACGUAGUAUACUACUCACGAUGCUGCUUAUGAUCUUUCCCUCAAAAAACUUGAUAUGAAUAGAAUCUGUUUAAACUGCAUACAUUUGAUUAUUAUUUUUUUUUUCUCAGCACAAAGUUAGUAAAAGAGCAUUUGGAAGCGUUUUUGAAAGAGGCUCAAAGCUUGAAGCCAGACUCCCAGCAUGUUAAAGAAGUUUGCUUUCUUUGUGUACAGUGCAUGGAGGUAAGUGCUCGUUUUCACCACUUUUAGAGGGAGCAGUUUUUUUUAAACCUUUCAGUCUCAAUAGUGACCAAAAUCCAAAGUAAAACAUUUAUACAAAUCUCAGAUUUCUUUUUUUGUAAAGUGCCCAAAAACAAAUAACGUAGGCCUGUUUCAAACGUCGUGCUACUGCUGUGCUAAGCUGGCUCGACUGUAGCUCGACUGCUGCACGGCACUAGUUCGACUUGGUUUCAGACGUCUAAUUUAAUACAAUACAGUAUUCUUUAUUUAACGAAGGUGACGUAAUAACCCAAUGAGUUAUCUAACUUACGGCCUUCAGUCGAAUAGAACGGCUGUUGCCGAAAACAAAACAAAAAUAAAGAAACGGUCUAGCAAACUUUUAAAUGUAUUCUAAUGUAUUUAUAAUUUAUGAAUUGAGUUCGGCACGGCGGUAGCGCGACGUUUGAAACGAAGUCGAGCUACUGUCGAGUAACCCGGUAAAGCUUGCCGUGCUACACGGCAGUAGCACGACUUGGUUUCAAACGUCGCACAACUGCCGUGCUAAAGUCGAAUUUAAUUCUAUCAAUUUAGUUCUGCACGGCAGAGGCACGACGUUUGAAACGAGCCUUACUAAGCAACAAAUGUUCCAAGGAAGUUUCUUUUAAUAUAUAACAGCACAGGAUUCUAAUAGAUUUAAACCUCAGGGGAAAACAUUACCUCACCAAAAUGUUGUGUUGAAGUAAAAAGGUUAAACUUUAUUUGUGGUUGUCCUAUUGAAUGGCGAUUGUGCUAUUAAUAGUCUCUUCACGUUUUCUCCCUCACAUCACUAUGGUCAACUCUCGCCUUGAGGACACCUCACCUUUACGGACACCCCACUCCGCGUAUACAGACACCCCACCCCGCUAUUAGAGAACCUCGCUUUUACGGACUUGCGGACACUUCUCUCCGUUCCGACAGCUCAAUUUUAUUGUUCUAACUAUCGUUACUACGGUCAUCAGUCAGCAUCUUUCAACAUUUAGGCAGGAUUAUCGCAAAUUAUAAUUUAUUUCUUCCUCUUUUUCGUCUCUGUCAAUUAGGUUGAAAAGUGAACAUUCCGAUUCCCGUUUAACAUGAUCCUUCUAAGAAACUACCGAACUUACUUGGAUUUUCUAGUACCGUACUUUAUGGUUUUUGUGUUACUUCAAAUUUUUCAGUGACUGCUGUGGUGAACAAGGAAGGGAGAUGCAACUUCUUUUCUGUUACGAUUUGUUUUGUUUGUAAAUAAAGUUCUCCUGGAGAUAAUGUACAUUUAUACACACUUUCAGUGAUCUUGGUGAUUUAAGCAAUCUGAUUGUUUCACUAUCUCGGACUUUUCAACAACAUUCACCUCCUACCGAGUGGAUAAUGUGUGAGCUCGUUGUUUUUCCCAUUUUUUUUACAGAAUGACAAAGUCGAGAAAAUCCUAGGGUUGACACAUGUUUUUUUAAGGCAAGAAAAGACUGCGACAGAUUCAAAAACGGCGUUUUUCCAUUUACUAUAGCUGAGUUUUGUGCUCGAUGGAUUGUUUACAAUUCCCGUUUAUUCGCGUAGAAGAGGCCGUUUCGUGAACUCAGAGUUUCCUAACAAGAAAAAUCUGGCCCAAAAAUCGAAGUUUAUUCAUGACCAACAAAUUUGAAGCAAAUGGUUGCAGAAAUCCUACGUUUCAAGUAAAUAGGAAAAAGAAUGCCACAGGACGACGACGUCUUACCUCGAGCAACCGAGCCGCCAUUUUUGUGAGCGCUUCAUGCGAAGAACGACACAACAAACCAUUUUGGCUAUAAACUUGGCGAGUCAACAGAAAACAACAAAGCUCUACUUUUCUUCUCACGCAAGGAAACAAUUCAAACUUUUAAAGGUUCCAUUUAAGCCAUUACGCUGUUAUUUGCGAAGUGAUUAACUUGUGAACUGCCAUGUGUGAAAAUUUUGCAACAAUCUUUUUUUAAACUUUCGCGUGAUUUGAUCCGUCAAUCAAAUCGUACUUUUUAAUGGUUUCCUCUCUGAUUUUGUUGAGAUCACUUCAUGUGUAUAUACUAAAACAAUUAUUCUUUUCAAUCUCGGUGAAUAGUGGCUUUAGUAAUAUGUACCUCGCCGCUUCGCGGCUCGGAAAAUUAGUAGCCACUACCUCGAUUUCAAAGAAUAAUUAUUAAAUAUACAUAAAGGAAUUUAUUUGCCUGCAAAUAAAAAUGUUUAUGUCACCUAGUCACGCAAUGAUUUAUGUUAGUUUGCUAAGAGGGGCACUUAUUCCUAGUCACGCAUUCACCUUUAACAUAGGUAAUCGACAGGGAAGAGCUGUGAGCAGGGUCCAAUUUGACACAAAAUAGUCAAGUAUUGAUCACACGAUUAUCACGAGAUCAAUCGGAAACUUACUAGCCGGGAAAUCACUAGCUGGUAAAUUACUUGCCGGAAUAUUACUUGCUGUAAAUAUUACUUGCUGUAAAACUACUAGUCACGAGCUCGUUCGGAAAAGUACUUAGCCUCGACUUCAUUUAAGGUUAGGGUAUAAGGCAAGCUGCGUUCCCCGAAGUCUUCCUCUUGGUCUCCUGACGUAACAAGCUUUGCGAAUUUGACCCUGGCCUCCUCCUCCCUUCCUCCGCCUCUUUCUUAAUAGUAGUUUAUUUACUCUGGGUGCCUUUUUUCUCCGCCUUCACCUUUGCCAGAGCGUAAAUAAUCAAAUAAUCAUAGCUAAUCAAAUUUGUUUGAAGAUGUUAUAUUUAAUCAAUAAAUCGGCCAUCUUGCGUGGCCAAAAUUAUACCCAAACACAUCGUUGUUCCUUAUUUCUUUAAGCGCUCUUGCAAACAUAGCUCGACUGAUGACCCCAGAAUUUAGCCAAAGGUUCUCUUUAUAAUAAGGGCAUAAAAGACAAGCGGGCAAGGAGGCAUAAAUGUAAUUCCUCUAGUAUCAAGGAAGUUUUUUCUCACACCCCGUUAUUACGGUUUGUCGCUAUUACGGACAGUAAACCGCGGUCGCGAGGGUGUCCGCAAUGAAGUGAGUCGAUCAGGGUAUUUUUUGUACCUGAAACUAAACCUCUAGAACUAAUUCAUACCAUAUAUAGUCAAUUUCGGUGGACGUUUUGUUAUCUUCACUGACUUGAAGUUUACUAACCUCUGUGCUCUCUUAUCUUUAGGACAGCAUGAUAAGUCGAUACCAAGCAAAAGUCUCCGAUUCAAAGUUGACUGUAAAGUUAAAACAUGCGAAGAGGAUCUGCGAAGAAGCCUUCAAAGCUUUAAGUGUCAAUAGUGAUAAGUCUUUUGAGAUAAGCGCCGACUCUUUAGAGGCCGUCGCUAAGGGGCGUUACGUUUUAAACCUCGUAGCAGAUUACAUGUUCAAAUGCUUCAUUGAAGGAAACUCUAGCUACAGAGACUUGGACGCUCGGAGAGAGCUAAUGUCCUUGCUAGAAUCUGCAAGAUGUUUUUGUGUUGAAGGCUCCAGUUCCACGCCGCAGCUAUACCUUCUCAAACAGCUCGUCCGUCUUUAUGGUUUUGAUUGCGUCAGAACUCUGGGCGGUUAUCAAGAACUGGAGUGGGUACUCCCAUUAGAGGCCAGACAGCAGGUACGAGACUCCUUGAUACCGCCUAGUUAAGAAUUAGAUUGAUUUGAAAUCGUGAUCAUUAGGUCCACACCUACUAUUAGAAGUGGGAAAACCCGUGGUUAAAAUACAGCAAUUUUACAGAAGUUCUUUACGACUUGUUCACCGUUGGCCCCACGGAAGGUACCUAAGGUUGACCAGGUUUCAGUCAGGUUGAGGUUGACUUAUUGUUCCUGAAAAGCCCCUUUGGGGAGGAAACAGUAAAGUAUGUAUGAAUGUACGUACAAAUGAAAAGGAUAGAAGUUAAUGGAGUUGUAACUCGGAGUUUCAUGCACCAAGCGAUCAUCAGAAUAAAAAUUCUGAAAUAGAUGUCGGUUUUAAACUGGAAAUUUGAAAUUCAUGGACGGUUGGAGCAGCGUCUUCUGUGAUUGGUUUGCGAAGAACUUGCUCUCGUGAUGACACUUGGUUACCAGCUCGGAUCGUUUAUUUAGGAUAGUAUCGCGGGUAGUCAAGAUACAGAGUUUCUCAGAAAGGCGCAAAUUGCAGCGUGACGGGUUUCGGGUUUGCCCGCGAUACUAUCCUAAAUAAACGACCCGAGCUGGUAACCAAGUGUCGUCACGGGAACAAGUUCUUCGCAACCAAUCACAGAACGCGCUGCUCUAUGGGGCGCCAAAUGUAUUUUUAUUAUUUAGAGUGGUUAUUUUUAUAUAACCAAAACAAGGGUGGUUAUUUACAAUUAACCACAUUACAGUUUUAUUAUUUCUAAAUAACCAAAAUAUAAAAUUGGUUAUUUACAAAUAACCAAAACUGAAAUUUGGUUAUUUGCUAAAUAACCAAAAAUUAAAAAGUGCUUAUUUAUUAAAUAACCAAAUUGCGAAAUUGGUGCCGGCAGAAUGGAAAAUUGGCUAUUUAUAAACAAACUGGACAAUUGGUUAUUUAGUAAAUAAACAAAAAUGGACGAUUAAAAAUCCAAAACUGUGCAAAAAUGGUUAUUUACCUAAUUUGGUCUUAGCAAGUGGCCACGUGGCGCAUUUUCCCGCUCAGUUCCCAUAACGACUUGCAGACUUCUAUUUCCAACAUGGCUUCUUCCAAAAACAUAGCGCGGUUAAAUGCAGAAAUAGCUCCGAGCUGCUUUGAAGUUAGCUACUGACCGAUCCAAAUGUGAUACAUGCCACUACAGACUGUUCACAGUCCCUAUUUUUCCGUAAGAUCGUCGAGAUCGAGCACUUUGCGUUACGGCAGCCAUCUUGGAUAAGUGUCAAAACUACUUAGGGGGCGCGGGGCGGUUUGGGAGGAAGCGAGAAAAAUAGUCCCUGAGUAGUUUUGACGCUCAUCUUAGAUGGCUCACCCGUAACGCAAAGCCUAUUGCGACAGAAUUCUCUAAUCAUCCUGAUAUUGUGGAAUUCUGUAGGUACUUUUGAUCAUUGGUCAAGCCAAUCUUUGCCCAAAGAGAUCUCAGGAGCAGGAAAGUAGCAUUUUCCUGCGUAUUAAUUUACUGAAAAUGUCCCGAGGAAAACGCUGGAACAGGAUUUCCGAGACCCUAAAUAUAAAAAUAUUCUGGGGGAGGAUGCCCCCAGAUCCCACCAGGUUGGGUCGCCUUCGGCGCUACAACUUUCCUCCCCACUUGCGUGAGAAAGGCUUAUUAGAAGACACAUCAUUAUGGGAGCUCUAAAGUGGAACGGAUUAUGAUAGAAAUUAUGAUAACUCGAAAGAACAGACGGGAGCCAACCUUAAUUCUCCAGUCAGCAAAUGAUGUGACCAAUAAAAUUGUAAAAGAAAUCGAAAAGAGAGACACUUUAUUUGGUAUUUCAUUCAGUUUUUAGCAAGUACAGUAUUGACUCCAGGGAUCAAAUACUUUCACGGGAUCAUGGAUCAGGAUUCGCAACAAUUUUGGAUCAGGUAUCAAAAUUUUAUGGCCAAAAUGUGAGAUCAGUCGGGAAAAUAUAUACCUAGUUAAGACCCUGUUGUAUAACAAAACAAUGUAAAAUACGAUACGUUUCACUGAAAUGCAAAAUUAUUUUUGAAUAUGUGUAAUGUCUAAAGAUUAAAGGACAAGGGAACAAAUAAGUCAGAAAUGAAUAAUGUGACGGCACGACAAUUCGUUGGAUAAUCUCUGGACUAUCAUGAAAACCAACUGAAGUAGAUGACGGUAAAUGAAGACUAAUGGUGGUGGAUGUAGGCGUAUGAAGGUAAAAGAAGGCUAAUGAAUGUAGAUGACCGUGGAUAAAGGCUAAUGGGGGUAGAUGAAGGUGAAUGAAGGCUAAUGGAGGAAGAUGACGGUAGAUGAAGGUGAAAGAAGGCAAAGGCAAAUGAAGGCCUAUGUAGGUAGAUGAAAAUUAAUGACGAAGGAUGAGUGUGAAUGAAGGUAAAUGAAUUAGAAUGAAGGUGAAUUAAAAUAAAUGAAGGUGAAUAAAGAUUAAUGAAAGCGAAUGAAGGUGUACGGAGGAAAAUGAAAGUAAAUGAAGGAAAAUGAGGGUGGCAGAAGGUAAAUGAAAGAGAAAAGAGGAAAGUGAAGGAAGUGGAAGAAGCCUUGUUGGAAGUAGAAGUCUGCAAGUCGUUAUGGGAAAUGAGCGGGAAAAUGGGCCACGUGGCUACUUGCUAAGACCAAAUUAGGUAAAUAAUCAUUUCUGUAUUAAAUAAUCAUUUUUGCUCAUUUUUGGAUUUUUAAUCGUCCAUGUUUGUUUAUUUACUAAAUAAGCAAUUGUCUGGUUUGUUUAUAAAUAACCAAUUUCACAUUUUGGUUAUUUAAUAAAUAACCAAUUUCGCAUUUUGGUUAUUUAAUAAAUAACCAAUCUCGCAUUUUUGUUAUUUAUUAAAUAACCAAUCUCGCAUUUUGGUUAUUUAAUAAAUAACCACUUUUUAAUUUUGGUUAUUUGCUAAAUAACCAAAUUUCAGUUUUGGUUAUUUGUAAAUAACCAAUUUUAUAUUUUGGUUAUUUAGAAAUAAUGAAACUGUUAUGUGGUUAUUUGUAAAUAACCACCCUUUUUUUUGGUUAUAUAAAAAUAACCACUCAAAAUAAUAAAAUACAGUUGGCGCCCCAUAGUGUUCCAACUGUCCAUGAAUUCAAAUUCCCACCUUAAAACAGAAAUCUGUUUUCAGAAUUUUUAGUCUGAUGAUCGCUUAGUGCGUGAAACUCCGAGUUACAGCUCCAUUAACUUUUAUCGUUUUCAUUUUUAUCUCGCUUUGCAUACUUUUAUGUGUUGAGCACUCCUAGGAUAAGUGAAGCUAUAUGUAUGUUUUGAGAUCUAUGUAUUUUUUUUUGAAUGAUGGAUCUACUACAAGAUAUUUUACUUAACGGGCGACUUGCUAUCGAUUUUAGGAGGAAAACUUCAUCCAAGACAGAUUUCUUGUUCAUGAGCUCCAUUACCGUACAAUACGCGAGGAAAUGGCAAAAGCAGUGAUAAGUGGAAACACUGAAAACAUUACAGCUGCAAUCACUGUAAGCAGAUAUUGUUAUUUGUUACGGAUUCUCUUUCCUUAUGUCCUUCCUGCAUAUUUGUCAUUAAAAAAAAAACAUCGUUAACCAUGAGUUCACUUCUUAUUGACAUUUUAUGAUUUCAGGAGACUGAAAUGCAAAGUGGCUGCAAAGAGGUCCUUAUUUUGUUAGCACUGUAUCGUGAAAUAACUUUAACGAAUGGAUCACUUCAACGGCAGAACAUUUCUGAAGAGGUAAGUUAAGUGCGCUAGCGUCGAUUCAGCUAAGGGUCCGUAAGAACUCAACGGCGUGACAUCAAGAUGAUUAGAAUUUAACAUAAGGGGGACCUCAUUCUACGCGUACGGUUCUGCUUAACCUGAGAUCAGGCGUUUUUUUUUUUUGGCUUCUUUGUUUCUUUGGCUCGAGAGGGGAAAAAAUAACGCCUGAUACAUUCAUUUAACAAGCCGUUAACCGCCCCCUAAUUUACAUAAUCUAACGUCUUCUUGGCCUGUCAUGUUAUUUAACAGUUAGUGAAUGAGGCUGAGUAUCUUAUGAAGAAUUAUGGAGAUCGAGGAGGGUGUUAUCCGUCGAGGCCGUAGGCCGAGGCGGAUAACACCCUCCGAGAUCUCCAUAAUUCUUCAUAUGAUACGAAAGUCGAAUUCAAUAACUAUUUUAUUAUUCAUUCAAAAUAAUUCCUAGUUCAAAAACAUAGCUAAAACAUGCUUAAUACCUCCAUCGAUCCAUCGAUGUUAAGUUCAUCUUCGAUAGUGUACAUUUAGGUUUGUCCAGCUCCGCAAGUAUUCUCCAAAUAGCAGAUGUCUCCCUUCGAGUUGUCUUCUUGCUGUUCUUGCCAUGUUUUUAGCCAUUUUUUCGCGUAGUUCUUACUCUUGAAACGAGUGAAAUGUCCGCCAUUUUUUCAAGUUCACAACCAAAACAACUCAACCUCGUCCCCAGGUCUUCUCGGUUAACGGUGCCUUAACCUGCGAAAACGCUGCAUUUUUGACGUCAUUUCCUCGUUAAAGUCAAAAUUCUUCCAAAUUUGGUCACCAGUAACUGGUUAUGGUGAAUUAAACGUGUGCUUUUAGCCAAUCAGAAUCGAGGAAUUAUUUUGAAUGAAUAAUAAUAGCCAAUAAGCGUUUACCAUACGGGAAUCAAAUUUUCGCGCGAAUAAUGUCUCUUUUGAAAUCAAUUUUAGGGAAAAGAAAAUUUUUAAGUUCGUCCAUGUUCAGAUGGCACUUCCUAAAAAGAAUUUUAAAUGUGUUCAAAUACUGCUAGCUGGAGCUGCCGUACCUUUAUUUAAGAGCUACAAAUAAUAAAGAAUUUACUGGUUAAAGCUCGUUGACUUCGUUCAGUGCCGAAAGCAGUGAAAAAAAAAUUAGGGUGAAGCACCAUAUUUUACGAACUGAAAGGUGUUGUGAAAGCAAAGAUGGCACAGAAUAAUUCGCAGGUUUCUAAAGGAGGAGUUACAGUCAAACCAGGUCAAGAUUCCAUUCAUGAAUUGAUUAUUUGGAAAGUGAACCCGUUUGUCGCUUCUGUAACUUGUAGUCGGUAUCAAAUUGCAUUCAAAUGAUCGGUGAAUUUUUGACUGCAACUUUUUAGUAUACGAUGAGAUGGAAAAUAUUUCAAUGGGUGAAAUUUCGGUCAUGUUGAAACGCAAACCAUGCAGACUGCAGACUGCAGACUGCAGACUGUGCAGACCGUGCAGACUGUGCAGACUGUGCGUUAUUUUUUUACUUGUAGCUCAAUUUUCUAGUAAAAUUUUUACUAUAGUUUCCUGCUUCCUCUCAUUAUGUGCACUGUGCAUCACCAUCAUAUGUUGCACUGAUGUGUACCUGCAAGGGUCAUGGGUAGGAAAUGAGAAAAUCACGGGCUCAUGUUUACCGGCAGAUCUAAUUAAGCAGUUUCGCGUGCUUUCACGCAGAAGCGAGCACGAUGGGGGAAGGUAAGCUGUUUCUUUCUGUAACUGUAUUAUAUUGCCACGAUUAUUUAUUUCUUUAGUAGAAGAAGCUUUUUCAGUUAAUCCUUUUCGGCUUCCUACAACGGCUACGAGAGAGACAUUUCAUCAAUUUCGUUGAUUGUUGAUGAUCGUCUUUGGUUUCACUCUGUAAUUCAAACCGGUGUGUCGUGUCUUUUUCCCGCGAAUUUUAAUUAUGUUAAUGUCUUUUCUUUGUUUUCGAGCACGUGACAUUGUUGUGAUGCAGUCGGUCACAAACUUUAGAGCCUAAUCGUCGAUGUUUUCGCGUGGAUUCUAUUUUCUUCUUUGUAGCUUGAUAGUUCAGUUUGAUGCGGUUGCAUGAACAAGUUUUUUCAAGUAUCGAGGAAUUUGUAUUUGCUCGUGAAGGAGCGGCGAAAGGAAACGGUGGAUUAAACAGAAUUUACGAACGACGCGUGGACUAGUAAUUUGUGCCGAGUGUGAUCUUCUCGUCGAAGUAUCCCACACGGUGACUUGCCGUCAUUUCUUCAAAUCUUACAGAUACCGAUGUCAUCGUUUUUAGCUCGGGAUAUCAAACCGAGACGUUUGAGAGAUGGGCCUUGCUUUAAAAUGUGUAAAUAAAUCAACGGUAUAUCUUCCUAAAAAUAAAUAUUCUGAUUUCCACGUGUUUGGCGGUUCCGUAAGCGUCAGAAUUAAGAGAAGAAGGGCAGCGACUUGAAACUUCUCACAGAUAAUAUUCAAUGAAAAUUAAGACAAAAUAUACCUAAAAUACACGGCGGGGGAUCUAGUUCAAUGCGCAUUAAAACCCCCUCCACAUCUUCGAGUUGUACAAAUAAUACAUUUGUUACUAAUGAACUAUUUAGUUUUGGAGCUGCAUAAACAAGAACCAUGAUACUCGAACAAGAUUGUCGGUUUCAAACCACUACCACUUAUUGGCGCGAAUGCAUGGAGCAAAUACAAUUGUCGAUCCCCGAGUGAGAAUCGAAUAAAAAAAAUACAUAAACAAAAGUCUUACCCGAAUCUUACGAGCUAACAACGAUGACAUCGGUAUCUGUAAGAUUUGAAGAAAUGACGUCAAGUCACCGAUUUGAAUUACAGAAUGAGAUCAAAAACGAUCAUCAACAAUCAAGGAAAUUGAGGAAAUGUCUCUCUCGUAGCCGUUGUAGGAAGCCGAAAAGGGUUUUAUUUUAAGUCACCUAACCUGAAAAAGCUUCUUGUAGUAGAAAAAUUUAAAUAAUCGUCGCAAUAUAAUACAGUUACAGAAAGAAACAGCUUACCUUCCUCCAUCGUGCUCGCUCCUUCGGGAAACUAUAGUAAAAAUUUUACUAGAAAAUUAAGGUACAAGUAAAAAAAAAUAACACUUAGUCUGCACAGUCUGCACGGUCUACACAGUCUGCAGUCUGCAGUCUGCAUGGUCUGCGUUUUAACAUGACCGGUGAAAUUUCUAUUUAGGCAUUCUUCAAAUUCAAGAAAACUGAGCCGGCAGAAAUUUUAUAACGAACUCGACUCGCGUGUGUAUUCACUGCUCAUGACGCAAGCAAAAAUGCAGACUGAAAUCAACAACACCUAACGGAUGGCGGCAUUUUGGCCAAUUGGAACAGCGCAAAUCAUCCGUAUUGUUUCCUAUCCAAUCAGAAAAAAGUCCAGAUUCUGGCUUUUUUACAUGUGAUCCGACAAAGAAAUGUAUCAUGCCCUCUUCCCGUGAGAGACUUAAAGGGAUAAUAGGGAGAGGGCAUGAUCUCAGGCUAGGUUCUGCUCAGAUUAUUCUAUUCACGGAGGUCAUGGUCAACAAACCAAUGUAAAGGCUGACAAUUCUCCUUGCUACAUCCUGUUGAGACAUAUCUCCGCCAGUAGCUUCUAAUUCAUAACUCCCAGUCAUGAGGUAUUAGUUUAAUAACUAUUCUCUUACAUAUUCUUUCAUUUCUUAUUCCCUUCAUUUAUUUUGUAAAUACCGUAGGUAAAGGAAAAACUAGAUGGCUUCAUUCAAAACGGAGGUCAUAUUUCCGUUAAGGUGAGCUAAACGAGCCUAUACAAUGAUGAAUAUAUGAAUGUCGUAUAAUGGGACCGCAGAGUGAAGAAAUAUAUGCAAAGGAGAUCGUCGCAGUUAAAUACACAACUUAUACGGUUGCGAAGAGAAAGCCUGAAAAGUUCGGACUCACCAGGAUUGGAACCCUGACCAAUGAUAUACCGUUGCAGCUCUCUAACCAGUUAAGCUAGUAUUGCAACUGGUCUGAGCUGGUCAUUAAAUUGGUCUCAGUGGUGGAGACAUGAUGUAGCGUGAGCUUUUCGUUCCAUGAUCGUAGUAAAGGAAGGUUUGUCAGAAGGACAAUAAUUUGGUAAUAACAUUUCGUUUAGAUCAAUUAACAACGUUGGUACCAGAAGCAAUGCUGAACUGUCUUAGAAACUGCAAACAAAAAUAUUUCUUAAGUAUGAAGCAGACUGAAGUGUUACGGCUCCUCCCGGAAAGGGAUCUUUGUCCUCGUCGGUUAUUACAAUCAAUUUAUCGCCAGCGCAUAUUUAAUAGACCUUUUUACCGAUACGGCGGUCAUAUUGAAUUACUUAGAUUUAAGGAAGAUUAUGGGAUGCCCAGGGGGCAUGAACACGAUCCGUUCACUCGCUCAGUACUUAUAAUUACGCGCGCCCUUUUGGGCCAAUUUUUAAGUUUUCCUGGAAAAAUAUUGUAAUGGGAAAAAACAUCGUUGUUCCGCGUUUGGUUGUAAUGAUGAUCUCCUUUUUCCCGAGAAAUUUACGGUGAAGUUCUCUGAGUCAGCGAGUGCCCCGUGGGCAUCCCAUAAUCUCUUCAAAUCUAAUAAAUUCAAUAUGGCCGACCUAUCGGUAAAAAGGUCUUUUUGAGGCAUACUUUCUUUUUGUCUGAUGGUGCCCCUUCUCCCCCCCCCUCCGCGUCAGAGACCCGGAGGACCAAUAAUCUAGCUUACCUAACGUCGAGUGGGAUUAAUGUGAGCGUAAUUUCAUCCUCCUUUUUUAGGUUCAGCGUUUCGCUAAACAACUUCUCCAAAACAACCAAGGCGAUCAAUUCAAGGAACUUCGAGUCUUUCCUGGAAAGAGCUCACAGGACCACACCUUAGCUGAAAUAGUUAUUCACACCUCAGCUGCCUUACAUUGUUUUGGUCCAGGGUCACUAUCUGAACCUCUUGCUGCAUUAAUGAUGGAACCUUCUAAGUUGACGGUAUGUGACCGAUGCUGUCAACUGUAUAAAACAGUCUCUUUGUCCCCCAUUUCGUUUAAUCUUCUCUAAAUAGUUUUUUUUAUUAUUUUUUUUAGAAGUUUGGAGACUGAUUUUUGUAAAGUAAACAAUCAUUAUAUACGAUUGUAGAUUUUACACUGAGUUUAAGUAAGUAAGAAUGCUAUCGUGCUUCCAUGCAACGAAUAAAUUAUCUUUCUAAUAUUGUGCAGAAUUCCUACCUUCCAACCAUGCCCGAAGACAACUUUGCUGAGUGCAUUGCUGUUAUCGCCGAGACGAUGAAGGCAACUGGUCGGCCUGGCGAAUGGUAUGGUUAGUAUCUUUCCAAAGAAAUGUACUUACAACUUCUGUCAAUCAUGCCUUACCAAGGACUCGAAUACUUUACCUAUUGUAUAGCCAGAUGGAAUAAAUACAAUGUGAUAUCUUGAACGAGUGGAAAAUGGCUUAAGAACAAUUCUGCCUAUAGCCCCCCCUUCCCCACCCUUAGAAAUCGUCUAAGGUUGAUUUAUAGAGAGGCCAAGGCAUUGGAUUGAUUGAGGCUCCAAAAAGGCGAUAGCUAGUUGGAUUGUUAUUUGCACAAUGAAGGAAUAUAUGCUAUAUCGCAGCUUAAUCCCACAUAAGAUCGAGUGUGAGUCUAUAGGUCCUUUAAGCCUGUCCCGCGUGCGUACCAUUUCAUGUGGAAAGAUAUUAGAAGGGUAAUUGUUGGUGUCACUUAGUUUGUUUUAUCUUACCUCUUUAGAAUGCGGAAAUUGCAAGCAUCCAUAUUUCAUUGGUGAGGUGAGUGCGUCAUUUUCCGUUGGUACCUUCACAAACAUUUUCGACACAAGUCUUCUUGACAAAAGGCUAAACUCAAAUACAUUUAAGACAUAUUUACAGUAAAUCGUAGCAAUAGAGAAAAAGGACACAACAGUCAAAGUAUGUCCAGUCUUUAUCCUCGGUAAUACUGACCUGUUGCGAAGCUUCUCUUUGAACAAGAAGUUUCUCUUAUCAAUAGCUAGUUCAGUCCGUCGUCAAUGGACACUUUUCAUAUUUUUCCUAUCAAAGUCCGUGUCGACAAGUUGAUAUGUUAGCAUUUUCUUAUUUAUUCCGCGUAAUGAUUAAGACGUUGAGGUUCCCUCGAAUUUUAUUCGUGAGCGAUGCUCCCCACUUUUAGUAGGUUGCUGCUCUAAAAAUUGGCUCAAUGGGUGGCUGUUUCUUCUACUUCUCUUACUCUCGGAUUUUUUUUUUCUCUCAACGGUUUGUUACUUAUUUUUUAUUUAUUUGCCUGUGUUUUGUUUUACAGUGUUCAAAGCCAAUGGAGAAGGGUCACUGUCCAGACUGUAAAAAGGUAAUAGGAGGAGAACAGCACAGGUUUUUAGGAGAAUACAAAAUUUCUGACAGGUAAAUGUAAACUACGUAAGACUUACGUUUAUGCACUCGAUAUGCAAAGAUGUAUUAUAAUAAUCACUGUCAAAAUAAAGGCAAUAAGGCAAGUGAAAUUAGUGUAAAACCAAGCCAUGUAUAGCUAUCGCGAACAAAAAACGCAUAGGUGCCGAAACUUGCAGUGUAAAUUGUACAAAAAGUGCACUACGUUCGUGCCUUUUAAUAAUUUGGUGUCAUUUUUUGGUACCUGACUCAGGUAAAGGUCAAGUAAACAACAAAACGUAACUCUAAAUAUCUUUUAUAUAUGAUCAUAAGUUUCGAAGUAAAUGCGGGAUACCAUGAUGUCUUUCUGUUGCCUUGAAAGCGAUAAUUACCUUGUUUUUUAUUUGAAUGACUGAAUGAUUCAUCGCUGUGUCUGUGCAUUUCCUCACGACGUUAUAGUGCGCUUACUAUUUGGCGGGACUGGCCGGCUAGACUGGUCUAGACGUAAAGAAAAUACCUUCAUUAAUCAGGACAUCCCUUCCAAGUCAGUCUUUCCAGUGCGCACGGCAGUGAAAGGGCCACUGGCAAAACUGGUGAAAAAGUUCAAUUUUUUUUUUCGCAAAAUCAGUCAGAUGAACAGUCAAAUUCAGAACUGGUCGGCCAGUUCGGAAUUUUUGUGAGCGCCCUAAGUUAUUAGAGACCUUAAGAUUGCGGUUUUUCGGCAUUUCCCGCGAACGUAAGAAGUCUCGUGACUAGGGCCUUACCGUGAGAUUAUUUGCGGUUUGAGGUUCACGUUUGUACGGCUAGACCACGCUCCAGAGGUAAGUGAUUAACCGCAAGGUUUUUUUGCAACCUGAAACAUCACAAUCCCACGUUUGAGAAGAAAUACGACUUUUUAAAACUCUUUUGCUUAUUGAUUAUCGAAUUCGAUUUCGAAAAAACGUAAUUUUGAAGACAAUUUCUCAGCUAAAAUAGAAGUAAGUAAAUGAAUGAAAACAAGCAUGGCAGCCGCGAGCUACCACCCACUAAUCUCAAUUCAAGUCCCAAAUAUGAGAAGACGGGUAACUUGAAACCGUUAACCGCAAACCGCAGUUUGUCGUUUGCAGUAAAAUGACCAAACCUCAAUCUUAAGUUCUCUAUUAUCUUCAAUUAUAUUAACAGAUUUAUGUACAUAUACGUGUUUUUUUGAUCGACCUAAACUUUUUAGGGCUGACAGAACAAAAACUGGACACGCGCUAGGUCCGCCAGAUUCGAGACCCACCACUCCUGAGCCACAGAGAAACCUCUCUCCAAUUAUCUGCAGUCUGUUAAGAAUUAUUAUGCACUCGGCCAUGGUCAUGGGGGCUUGUAGAAAUCCUCAGGUAACUACUUUAGAGGUAUUAGUAUAUUGAAUAUGAUAGUCGGGGUGGGUGUAGUUCUGAAGAUGACUGUGGUUGACAGUGAGAGUUGUUUCGACAACCUUUGUGGUAGUUAUGUUCAGAGUCAUCUACACUCACGCGGACGACCAUAUUCCUCCUAGUUAUGACGAGACUGUAUGGUUCAAACAUUUACCAUGCGUUAUGAGAGCCGUAACUUACCUUAAACAUGACAUACUAUGAACACUUAUACUCGCCUAUUCUUCUGAGGUCCAUUUUUCAAGAAUGGCUGAAUAGUAAACUAAAUAGGACUCUCAAAAGACAAGAAAUGUUCAUAGUAUUCACAGAAUCGGCAUCUAAUAUUUGUUAACUAGUUUAUUAUCUUUUCCUCAAUGUAUGUUGGUAUCGUUCUUACCUCCAACAAACUAUGGACGUCUAUACCAACAAACAGAUCGAAAAUAGCGGCAAUUUGAGGUCUGUUGACAACCCUGUCUGCUGACAACAUCACAGUUUGUUGUGACGACACAGUUAACUCGAAGCGUCUUAUACAGCGUCAGCUUUCACAUUGAACCCAUCAUGUGGCAUGACUUGACGGUGAAAACUCUCAUAAAAGAAAUGUAGAAUUUAGAAAACAAACUAAAAAUAAACCGAAGUUAUGGUACGAUCGAAGUAAACGAACAAACAAACAAAUAACUGACAUUCUGUGCAGCAUAAUAAGAAAGAAAUCUGCUGCCUCGCGAUUUGACUGUACAUGUGGUUACUGAACAAGUCAAGUGACCAAGCUCAAGCUAUCACAUUUAAGCCCGAGAAAAUGUUACUUGAAAAUUGGUGGGAAAGCGAAAGAAAGAGAUAUGGACAAAUGAAACGCUGAAAUGAGUUCUGCAAAAAAAAUAAGUUUAAUCCUUUUACUCAAUAGAAAAACCACGUUCGUUUCUAAACACAAUUUCAUUAAUAAAAUACAGUACACAGUACACAUUUGGUGGGGUUCGCUCAGAGCAGGUCUCAUCGACUCGCGAGGGCUCACUUUCAAUAUAACCUCAUGAUUUUUGACACGGAGUUUUUACAUCGUUUGUUUUGUCGUGUUUGCAUCGAAAGCUGCAGAAAAGUUUUCCGAAUCACCAAGUAGCUUUCCUAAAAACACUCGUGAUGUUUAGUAAUCCUUAAAUUUACUUCGCGUCAAGGAAUUAAUUGCACUGUAAUUUUUAUUGCUGGUUUUUUCUACAAUUUUCUCCAAAGGCUGCUUCUCAACUUAUCACGCCACCAUGUGAUCCAGGACAUGUUGCGGAAUUUCUGUGGAAACACAUGCAACGGGACCUCAAUGUUCUCGGGAGGGCCUUGGGACGAAGUGUUGAUGACGCAGCUUUGACAGUACAUCUUGUUUUGCACCAAAUGAUAUCACUUAACGGAGGACAGACCGGUAAAAUGUAUUGCAUUUUAAUGAUGCGAAUUGUGUCAGUGUGUUAUGCAUGGCGCAUCUUUUUGGUGGACGAUAAAGAGUAUUAAAACAAUUAUUAUAGAGCAAAAACUAGAAGCUUUCCAAGCUCCAAGCUCUUUUUUCCGAAAGGUAAGCUGAAAAAGCGGCGAAAAUCAAGCCACGAUGCGAUAUUCAUUUUCCUGUCUUGCCUACGGGAGUAGGUUUUGAGGGCACAAGCUUAGGAUGGUGGCAGAAGGUUUUCUUAGUACUAAAGUACCCUGGUAUUUCUUUCAAAUUGAAACAAGUACUUCUCUUUAAAACCCACGAAUGCAAAACAAAGAAAUAACUCAGAGAAAAACUCGCAGUGGAAUAUCAUUGGCUAAAGAACUUUUUAUGGAGACAAACGCUGAAUUAUGAUUGGUAUUUGAAAAGGAUUGAGGGUUUAGGGAUGAUCAAAAAUAGAUAUUUUGUCAUUAAACCAAUUAUAUUUGCGUUUGCAUCAAUGUACAUCAUUUUCCAUUCCUCUUCAGCAAACACCCAUAAUAUGAAGCUUCAAACCCGAGAGAGUCGUCGAAACUGGGAGACAGAUUUCAGUUCUGUUAUUAUUGCUCCCGUUCUUAAGGUACGUUAAGACCAUUUUUCAGUAUUUUCUCACGUCGCUUAUGCACUUUAAAAGGUCAUUCAGAUUCUGACCUCAAGGUCAUAAAUUCAGUCAAAAUGAAAGAAAAUGAAUAAAGAUGAUAACUAUAUGUUGAUUUCUAACAAAAUUCUUAUUAUCUAUCUUAGCAACUUGACCAGAGGUUACAAAAGUGUUCCAAACUCGUAAUGGAAGACGAGCAAUUUGGUAAGGCUUCUAAUAUUUGUAUUUUUUGAUGAAGCAACGAAUUAAGCGUUGUCUUUAUUGUCUACGUUGCUGUUGAGGGCAAUCAAAACCUGUUUUUCCUGAGCUGAUAUGUAUACAUCAGCCAUCAGCUUGGGUUAGGAAUACCACAGAGGUUCUACGACCACCCGAGAAGCUCAGAUGCCCAAUAAGAUGACUUUGUUACUCCCAAUUAUUUAUUAUUUUUAACUGCCAGGGCUAUCUAGGAAUUUCUGUUGACCUCUCAUAAAGACACCGGUCUGAACUAAAAAAUGCAUAAGGAGCCAGAAAAGAAGUGAAUUGCAAUAAGCUGACUCAAGACCUCAAUAAGCUGAGUCGGCCAUUUUCAUUGUGUCACGAAUGGAUCAGCGGAAGAGAAUUGAUCUGCGUUACUCACUAUUCACAUUUCCACUUUAGGAAGUGACCCAUUAGUACGGACGCUGUACGAGUUUGACGAACACAAAGAGGACCUAAACCUCGGGGUAAAGCCGAUGUCACGGUCCCUAUGGAAGUACAGACGUCAAAUUACUGUGGAGCAUCUGGCAAACUCAUUCCAGCAGGAAGCUUUGUCUGCUGGUGUAAAUCAAAACAAAGUUUUAGGAGCUUUCCUAAAACAGGUAAAAAAUCUCUUCUCAUAGAACGUAGAUGUCACUGCUGCUUCAUCUAUCGCUUAAAAUUUGAGUGUGUACCGUAGAAUGAGCAGUAGCGCCUGAAGUCGCAUCAUUUUCAAACGGUAGAUUUUUAUGCCUCUUUACCAAUCAAGGCUCUGCACGUUUUCUUCUGACACCAUAUAAACACUUUGCUCACGCACUUAGAAUUCAACUUGUUGUAAAGCUUUGCAUGGCUGCUCGGCGACUGUCACAAUGCUAAACGGUAAUUCUUCUUCUUUAAUCACCGUUUAAGACUGGCCAUCAAAAAGCGUCAUGAACUUGGUUGAUAGUCUUCGUUAUAUAUUUAACAAUUAUUCGAAUUUUGUAAUCCCCGAUACGAAGUCUUCGUUAUAUAUUUAAGUAUAUUAUCUCAACAGAAUCAGAAGGAAACCAUUAAAAACGAUUAGUUUGAUUGAAUAACAUGUUGUAAACAGUCGCAUGGAAAAUUUUUUAAACAGCCCCGAUGAUUGAAAAGAAAACGUCGAAAGUUUGAAUAACUCCCCUUUCUGCGAAGAAACACAGAGCUUUAAAUGAGAAUGAAAAAGAUUUUUGGCAGCAAAUUUCAACAGCGGCUCGCGCGGUCUUGUUUAUUGGUGUUCCCCAUGAUAACUCACGUACAGUUUUCUAAAAUAGUUUGCUUUCCUUUUUUCUCCAUAAAUUAACUUCUACUUUUUCACAAAAUUGUUUUGGGACGGAAUUCAAAAAACAGUUAAAAAGCGGCCUCGUUUUCGCGAAAAACAUUUUCGAAAAGAUGAAAAUAUAUCAAUUCACAAUAAAUCGAAACAUCUGCUUUUCCAACAAAAUCAUCAACAAGAAUAUUCAUUUUCAAAACUAAAAUUGGCAAAAGACCCAGUUCACAACAGCGAUUUUGUUUUGCUUUAUAUUCACCGCCUAGCGCGCCGAGGGACUUAACAUUAAGUGUUUUGUUAUAUUUCUAGACUUUCACUUCAACAGCAACAACAACAACAACAAAGAAAAAAAAACCGGAGCGAACCAAAACAGUCGACUUGGUACUUAAAACAACACAAAUUUAUAUAUCAAAACCACUGAAUGAAUUAUUUACAAAGUACUUUCCUUAUAUUAUCUGAGACCAAACAACUUUUUCUCUUCUUUACUUUAAAAAUGAUUCAGCCACCAUGUGUUUUGUUGUUUUCAAAAAUUACUGGCGGUGUUUUUUGCCUUCUAGUGGGUUUUCCACCAUUCUUUGUUUAUUAGUAGCUCAACCAAUUGCAAUGAACGCAGAGACAUUUGAUUUUAUCAGAUUUUGACCAAAAAAUCAAUAGUCCCUGAGAUAAAGUCGAACCAAUCAUAGAUUGUUUGAAUCAAUCAAUUGCUUGAAUCACCAAGAUCACUGAGUGUGUAUAUACUUAAGAUAAAUAUUUGACUUUUGGUUGUCAUUUUUUGGUGCUUAGUGGUUUUUUCUUCUUCAGGAACAUAAGUUACGGUCAAUUCAGUUUCUUCCCGAUAUUGUACGACUUCAGCGUUUGUUGAUGGAUCGAUUUCACAGAAGAAUUGACAGGAGUGACGCAGAGAAGUUUGCCAUCCGAGAGUUUCUUAAAAGUCUUCCAAGAGGUAAUACUGGUGCCUUACCGUUCAGUUCUUUCCUAAGAAUGCGUUUUCUUCUAAGUUCCGUUAAAAGUUAAGUUAAAGUCAUCACUUUCCACGGCAAAUGGAUUUCUUUAUUUCCCAUUAAUAUUGUUGGUUUGUCAGCUUAUUCCUCACAAUUUGCCAUUGCAGGAGCAAAGAGCCAUAAUUAAAACAGUUAAAACACCUUUUCAUAAAUAUUUCUUUGAGUCGUCAGCUGAAAUAAUUGAUUGGGAAGGCAAUAAACAUUACAGUUGUGUAACUGUUUAUAUACUUCUUAUUUUCACCUCUGUACAGGGGCCGCAAAAGAAGAGUACGUCAAUCUGAUUCAGAGUUUUAAGAUGGCGUGGAACUCUUGCCACUCAUUUCUUGGUGAUCAAGGUAAAAGGGUGGUUACAGUUUAUUGUAGCAAAGGAGAGUAAAACGAAAAAGUAGAGAAUAAAUGCAUUUGGAAUUAAAUUGGUGAUUGAAAAUAUCUAAAAGCCCCAUUUUGUGUGUGUUGAAGCCUCAUUACUGAUCAUGACGAACCCACUCGAAAAAUGCAGUGAUAAAGGCUCUCUUUUUCACAGGCCGACUCCGUGUACCAGAGGAUCUCUGUAAUACCACCAUGGAUAAUGACUGUCCAAUUGCUAUGCUACUUCCCAGCACUACAGGAAUGGGCGUGUGCUCUACGGCACUGACAUUUUUCUUAGUUAACACGCAUGACGAGUUUCUUGGAACCUUUCGUAGUUUGACCAACCAGGAAAGGUAUUAUUUGUUAUGAACGUUUAUUUUCCGUUCGAUGAUAGACUUAGGAUGGUGGGCCUUGUAGCUACGUGGUCCAGGCAAACCCAUAUUUCUGCUACAAACUACAAGCAUUGCAAUGUAAGCUCGAAGUGUUUUAGGCGCUCUUAUUAAGUCCUCGUCCCGGGUAUAAUUCUAUUUUUACUGCCACCGCGUGCUCCAGCUUAAGACUAAGAGGGCUAGCCGAUUUGUGUUGCUGGCGCUUGUAAUCAUGAGAACAUUUGGCGAGAAGAAAGGAUCACUUGGAGAUCCAGCAGUUGUUAAAUUUGAAAAGUAAUUUUCUCGUGCGUUAGCGUUCUAGGCGAAAGAAAACAUAUUUAUUUCCUGUUUUUGAUAGGCCAGAAGGACUUUCUGACCAAUUACAACUAAGGCAUCAAGUGCUUCUUGAAUUGGUUUGGUAAGAGCAAGGGCGUAGGGGCUCUUCCCUCCCUUUCGUAAACGGUGUUCCAUUGCUGCUCCUGUCUCCACGGAUGAAUUGGGGGUAAAAAAAGACAUUAGUUUAUGGCACUUUCCUUCUUUUUAUAUGUAUCACACAGUUUAUAGAAGCAUGUAUCACCAGUGGCGGUGGAGAUGAAGCCUGUCUUCUAACCGAGACGGCAAAUGAAUUGAGUAAAUUAGCUAUUCAACUACAUUGAUUAAACACCUUUUCAUGGGUUUUCCUUGAAUUUCACAUGAAAACGAAAAAUCCUAGUUAGCCGUAUAACAUUGAGUCCUCCUACUGCCGAUGAAAAAAAGCUCUAGGCUGCAUUUUAUAGUGUGCUUUCAUAACUUAACAUCCUAAUUCUACAAUAAAAACGUUUUUAUAGUGCCCUUGAGCGUGUUCCUGUGACAGAAGUGACAAUUUCGCACCUGAUAGCCUAUGAUCCCGAGAAGGACCUGCUGCCACUAAUUUUAGCGCACUGUAACUACUCGUUAGAGGUGGGGAAGGAGACCUCGGUUCAGUAUGACUGGGCUGCGCUGGAGAGGCAGUUGAUUGACCGGUUCCUAAGAGGAAGACCUUUUGUUGAUUUCAGGGUAGGUCACUGGCAACAUUUCGGUAAGACAGAACAAACAUCGGGAAUAAUCUUUUACAUCAUGUAUCGUAUAUUAUCAUAUCAGAAUAGACAUGCAAACAUGUACUUAUAAUUUGUCGAUUCCUUGAAUAUUUUACUGCUGAAUUAAAAUCAAAUAAUAAUAACAGGAGAAGGAAACGUACUUUUGUAAUGUUCAUAACUAUUUCAAAGUACGCAGUACCACUGUUGCACGAUAACAGGACGAAAUGCCUACUGAAAACAAAAGCGUUAUUUAUGUCUUGAUCUCAAGGCUUCAGAGUCCCGUUAAAUUUUCCAGAUCGCAGUUUAAUUAUUCCUUUGUUUUUAUGUUCUUAUCAUUCUACUUUAGGAGGAACGUUUUGCUUUUAGUCGAGACACACGUGACGAUACCGUGUUUUCCUCACUGGCAGAAAAAAUCCCGCAGGUGAGUGCGUCGGUAAAACUUUUCAGUAAGUAUAGCGCGGUGAAAUAUAUCAGGAAUUAAAAACCAUGCAUUAAUUAUUCUGAAUACUGUUUCAAUACAGUUGAUUCAGACCGAAUGCUGUUUUGUUUUCACUCAAGUUCAAGGUUUCACAAUUUUUUCAGAUAAUCUGAUAAACCUACCAGUUACCAAAGUAAUUCCCGCCCUUUUUUGAAUUUUUAUUUUUAUUUUGAUCUUUGGCUGGGGGCCCUAAACGUUACUGGGACUUUCGAAAAACGGACCCCUGUUACCAUAUAACACGUGAGAGAACGUUUUCACUCACGUGGCCAGCAUCUGUGUAAAUGUAUUGCAAGAAAGGAUUGGCUUUUUAAGGUGGUAUUACACUGGACGAUUCGCAACGACGAUUUUUAGCGCAACGCAGCGUCGCAAUGUUGGAACAAUGGUGUAAACAAUCAAAAGAAUGCGGCAACAAUGUUGCAACGCUGUUUUGUGCUAAAAAUCGUCGUUGCGAAUCGUCUCGUGUAACAUCACCUUUACACCAUCGCGACUGCCGUUUCAUUGUUUUGGAACACCAAUAUGGCCACCGUGACCUCAUGUGAAAGCUCUAUAUAAGGACUCUUUUGGACCUUUUUGCAGCAGAUAUUAGUUUCAAACCAAACUAUGAUGUUGCAUCGGUAAGGGAGUAAAACUAAACAGAAAGGCUAAUUAAAAAUGCAUUCUUGGAGUUGAUGAGGUAAACUGGCCGCUAUCUAUAAAUGAAUUCAAAACAUUUUCUUUAACCGAUUAACUUAGUUUAUAAGCUUUUAAUAUAACAGUUUCUCCUCAAAAAGAUUAAGUUAGUGAUUUUUGUCACAGGAACCUAUCUCUCGUGUAAUCGAAGGCCAGAUUAUCACCGAUCUCCGCUCCUCGUUAUCGGAUGUUUGUGAUGUGUUAUCAUCACUGGAUAUCGCCAUUGGCUUCUUAGCUUCUUCAGGAGGCCAGGAGGGAAGACAGUUGAAGUCUUACUUGCAUGAAACACUUAAACUUCCCAAAGAGCGUGGACUUAAGAGCCCAACGGUACGUGAAGUUUAUUGCAUGUAAGUUCGCGUAAAGGUGUGGACUGCAAUUGCCAUUUUUUAUUGCUCUACAAGAAAUUCAGUGUGAAAAAAGCCAAUGUGUAUUUUAUUUUUAAAGAUACGUCAGUUUAUACCCGCGCAGUCUUAUUCCAUAACUGUUCAACGUAGCCCACUUUGAGACACGUUAUCGCCUCCUUUAUUGGGUAUUUACGAGGUUGCACGGGAAACUAAUCGACAGUUCGUCCCCCCCCCCCUCAAAAAAGAAAAAUAGUCUCAUGGGACAGUUUUUAAACACAAUAACUACUUAGUCUCGUGUGCAAACUCAAAACGGACCAUGCCUGUUAAACAUACCGUUACAGAAACAUGUGUUUCAUAAAUGCAACUUUUGCAAUGGCUAAUUUUCCUUCAUAUAUGUUGCGUGCCACGUUUAUUGGAAAGACGUUUUUUUUAAAAAGUUACUGAAUUAUAUCUCGCACGCUGAUUGGCUAAUUUUUAUUAUCAGUAAGAGUAUAGACACAUAAAAUUUUAAUUUAUGCAAGAUGCGGUCAUUUGCCGAACGAAUGCCGAACGUCGGUGUUUUUGCUUAGUUUAGUUUCGCGGAAGAUUUUUUUUCUGUCCUCUAGAUAGCCCUGAUGUAAGACUUGCAUCUUGUUUGGAUUCUCUGCAAAAAGCUUUAGCAGAGGAAACUAAACAAGACACUUAGUUUAAGAAAGAGAAGACGACUUGCUAGAAAUACAGUCAGCGAUUUAGCUUUAAAGUUAAAAAAGUGAGAAAACAAUUCUGAAAGUUGAAUUUAUUAAAAAUAAACACAUAAAUUGUGGUAGUUUUCUUUUGACAAGUACUGAGAGUGUUUUUCUGAUCCUUUUUUCCAAAAGCAAAACAAACUUUUUGUGCAAACUUUAUGAAACUUUGUAAAUACCUGGUAAGUUGAGUUGAAAACUUCAUGCAUAUAAAAUCCGACUUUCGGUUUGACUGUACACAGCUCAUAAAGCUGAAUGGCGUUCAGGACGACAAGUAAGGCAAGAACUGAAGUAAACAACCGGCCGUACACGUUUUCUGUUCGUACCGAUCGGUUAGUAACUCUUCAAAUCUGUCAGGCUAGUUUGAUCAGCAGACAGCUCAACCGCACAUUGCUUCGACUUGUUCGGUUACCUAAACGGUCCAAAAUCUUUUCUUGGAAUAAUAGUUAACCUUUGGGCUAGUUUACGACUUUAUACAGCCCUAAAAUGCCCCCGUUUUUCAAGACAAUAAACAUCGCUGAUCUCAUUCUUGUUUGAGGUUUGCAAAACAAUUUAAUUCCUAAUUUAUGUGGGGCAGUGGCGUGACUCAACCUGUCGAAUUUUUAGCCAAAUGAAACACCGUUACUUAUCAUCAGUAGCCAAUCACCAGGCGAGAAGAGUUAUUGACAAUAGCAUUUCGUUAGCUUACAAAAAGUCAUAAAUUUCCUUGUGUUUUCUUCAUGCCCUCAACACUUUGACUAUGUAAUGUCGUCAUUUUUUCAACAAUUAGAGUACGGACGAUAAAAAAUGGCGUCAAUUUGUAAAAUUAAACGUUUAGCGAGUGGUAAGCAUGCUGUAUGUUAUCUCAGUCAGUUUCAUUCUCAUUCCAGCCGAUGAGUUCCCUGUCUUUCACUUUCAGCUCCUCACAAUUCCUGAAAUUUUCAAUUUUUCGUCUUUUAACGAUGGCUUGUUCCCGAGGCCUCAUUGUUCUGAUUUUUUCUAUUGUUAUCGUGAUUGUCUCCGCAAAGCACGGGCACAAUAAGUACUGGAAACUUCGACGAUCUUUAGAGGUUGAAUCUUACCGCACUUCCCCGGCAAAUCUCGUUCUCAUUCUAGCAGAGCGAGAUUGCCAGGCGCAACCAUUAGGGGUCAGUGAAAUAACAUUACGAUCAUAUGGAAAAAUAAUCUUAGGGAAAUUAUUCAAAACAAAUGAGGAUAGCGGUGGGAGAGAGCCAAAUAUUGUUGCUUCGUUUCGGAGUGGAAGGUCAGGAAGAGAAAAUGGGGAUGACACGAAAAAUUAUUAAAUCCCCCCACUCCAUCCACCGACAAAAUGUACCUUUCUUUACUGCUUAUGUCAUAAGCGAUUCUUCAUUCUUUUAACAAAAAUUUAAAAAAAUACCUGCCAACGAAAACUCGGCUCACUGGGGUAACAUAGUUUAUAGCUCCAUGACAGGUUCCCAAGCAACUUCUUAUUUAUUAUCCCUUGUAGGCCGAGCAGCACUGUCAUUUGUCACAUACCUUAGCAUUAUGGCGACUAAUGGCUCUGGAAAAAGCUAAAAUAAAGUCAAGAAACAAGCAGGUAGGUAGAAGGUAUUUUCUUAAUUAGUAGUUUUUAAACAUAUGAUGGGAAAUUAACUCGAAUACUUUUGGCAGUGAGUCGUUAUUAUGAACAACACUAAAUGCUCUGGGAAAACAUUUUCUCCCGAAGUGACACGCGCGAUGCUUCGCAAAGAUAGGAGAAGCCUAGGAGAAGGUAUUUAUUUAAGGAGCAUUUUUUGAGUCGAUGAUGGCAGUGAGUCGUUAGUAUGAACAACACUAAAUCCUCUGAAAAAAAAAAAAAAUUCACGCGAAGGGACACCGGCGAUGCUUCGCAAUGAUAGGAGGAGCCUGGUUUCACUCUGAGACAGACCUUAGCGAUUUCAUGUAGCCACGACAUCGAAGGCAUUAAAAACGUCACUAAUAAAAUUAAUUUGCUUGCGUUCAAAUUCUAACCCGUUUCACUCGUCGGUUGUAGGCGAAUGUUCCUAUAUUUAGAGACCACAUUCAAGAUAAAUGAUGGAAAGAAAAGGCCGUUGUUCGUAUGAGUCUUCCGCAGAAAGUAAAUUUUAACAAUUUCACGUCAUAGUCGUGCUUGGUCGGCAAAGAAAUGUGCCAAAAAUUUAUAGUUUACUUAAAAUUUUACAUCCCUUCAUAAAUCUUUCUUGGACCUCACAAAACUGCAGAUUUCUCUUCUUUCUAUAGUAUCUGUCAUGUCGCACCUUAUCGAUCUAAACCACUGUCUUAUUUUUCAGUUGCUUCCUCAUGUUGAAACUAGUAAACUACUUUCCUUAAAAUUGUUUCGUGAAUGUUAUUACAUGUUUCUUGACGCUGGCCAUUUAAAGUAGUAAACAGCAGUAAAUUUAACAAAUCCUCUACCCUCUUUCAGGAGCCGUUUGAGCAAAUGUCUGACAUUUUCAAGGAAAAGCUAAGUUCGAGUGACCUAGCACAAUUAAAUCGCAUUCUUCGAAAAAUUGAUAUGGACUUGUUUCUUCCACGACUGUUGGAAAUGGUUCUGCUCAAUGUAAAGCACGCGAAGGAAAACAUCGUAUCCAUGAGGUGAGACUGGAUUUUGCUAGGUUCAAGUUCAGGCACAAGAUACGCUAAGAAGCUAAAUAUUCAGAGAGAUAAUUCGCUUGCAUCAACAUCUUUGGUAGAUUUUGGUCCUAUUUGUACGUUGUAUUCAGUUUUAAAGUGUUAGAACGACCAAUUUGUUUUCGAUAAAGAGAACUAGUUAUUUCUCUUGCGCUUACCCAGAGGCGGGGCUGUCUUGAUGGACUUGAUUAAAAGUAUACUGUUUAACAAUUGUUUUUGCAGUUUUAAUGAGUAUUUUGAGCUCUACCUGGAGGAAAAGGGCCUAGAACAAGUCCCGGGAACAGAAAACAUUUCUGAUGAUGUUAAAAUGAAGCAUUUGAAAGCAGUUUGGAACGCCGCUGUCCAGCUAAGUGAUGACUUUCACAAAGGAAGUCAAACCGCUGCAGCUUGA